ACCAGCCAACUGCCACCUCCUUUCCCCAGUAGCAUUUAUUCUUUGUGAAAUACAUUUACAAUGCAAAUACAAUACAGCUACUAACAGUCCAGAGGAAGGUAGCCAGGAUAAUGGCCAACCAGAAAAACAACUAAACAAUUGCAUCAUAAGGUAAACAAGCAAAAUUACAACAUGAAUUACGCACAAGUAAUCGUCUUUAGCUAGGAUAGAGGUGACUAGCCUUUGGGGGGCCAAGGGUCACAUUGACUCAUGGUGGACCCUCUGGGAGUUGCACAUCAACAUGGGUUUUUGAAAGCGCACAUUUUUGGGGGUGGGAAGAAAAAGCUUUUGGAAUAACAGACUCGCAACAAGGGAUCUGUGGGAGUAGACAGUUAUUUUAAAGGAUAACUUUCGGGAGCCCUUCAGGGACCUCCCAAAAUACUUUUAGUAUCACAGUGGGGUUACUGUGGGGGCACUCAGGAAAGAAAGAAAAAUGGACAAAGGGCUUGGAGAGCCACAAAUAUACCUUUUGGCAUCACGGGGGGUGGGGCAUGUAAACAGUCAUUUUUUUCUUAGCUUCAUUAGAAAACAACAAAUUUGAGGGUGUCUUGGGAACCAUAAAAACUUUGGGGGCAAACGUGGGCCAUGGCUUAGCCACCCUUGUGCUAGGGCUUCAAAGAUGGAGAGAUGAAUAUACCUAAUGUUGGUUGCCAACUCAUCUUUUCAAUAUGAAUAUUAAGGGCUAUCACACCUGAAGUAGUUUUGAGCAGGCAUCCUGUGAUGUACCAUUAGAAAAUAUCUGCAAUACCCAAAUAUAGCAGUUUAUCCCAUAGACAGAAAUGGAGGGGAUUCAAAGUGGGGGAAAGAAAGGGCUCCAACUCUUCAUUACAUGACAGGGAAAUGAGAAGUUCUUGUAAUUGUCUCAUGAGUAAGCCUGCGAGUGGCAUGUGUCCAGGAAAUAGGCAAAAAGUAUUUAUUCCUUGUACAUAUCUCAGAGGCCACUGUGUCUACUUUUAUUUCUUACUUCCUGUUUUGUGGAAGAUGAUGAGAAAGAGAAGGUAAUUUUAUUCGCCUAGCAAGUAUAGCCAUCCCCCCUCGUUCCCCGGUGUAAUGUAACAAUGCCAGAAAGGGGAAUGACAUUUCCAUUAUGACUCAAUGGAAACUGUCAUGUGGUGAACUCCCUUUGGGGAACCAAACCUUUAUGUAUACCAACAAGCAAACAUGACCCUGCUAGAACAAUUAUAUGUAAACAUGCCAUUUGUUCAAGGCUGCAAUUGAAAAUGUUGCUGGCUUUAGUGUGUGUGCUUCCGCAAAGUCCUUAGUGAGAUGCAGCAACAGGGUCACCUGCCUCUGGCUGUUCCCAUACAGGCAGAACUGCUUGGAAUUCUCAGCAAGCAGCCACGGCUGACCGGGACAUCUAUAUUUUGACAUGACCUUGCACAGUUGGGAUCCCUUUCUCCUUCACUAUGGAAUUUCCUCAGGUGGCCAUUCUUAUUUCAGGAUCUAAACCAGGAUGAACAGCAGGCCGCCAGCCAGCUGCUGCUCAUUAAUUUCUCCUAUGGUUGUGUCAGAGUACAAGAGGUGUGUCUGCAAUGGCAUUAAUCCAAAAUAUGCAGAGGGUGAUUCUGCAUUCCUUGCAUACCCAGGGCUAUCGAGGAAGAAAUGGGAAAUAGGUAUCAUAGAAUUGUAGAGUUGGAAGGGCACCUGAGGAUCAUCUGGUGCAACCCCCUGCAAUUCAGGAAUAUGCAAGUGGCACGUAAGGGAAUCAAACCCGAGACCUUGGCAUUUUAUUAGAACAUGGGCUAACCUAGGGUGUAGGAAGCUGCCAUUGUUCCAUUUAGUUCAGCCUUGUCUGCAGUAACUGGCAGUGGAUUGCCAGGGUUUCAGGCAGAUUUUUCCUAGCCUUACCUGGAGACCCCAAGGAAUGAACCUGGGACUGUCUGCAUGCAAAGCAUGGGUUCUGCUACUGAGCUAUGGCCCUUUAUCCUACCAUGGGAGGGUUUUUGUACAUAUUGGCAUGCAUUACAUUUUCAUUUUAGCACCGCAGGUACUUUAUCCAUCCGAAACAUACAGUAAGCAAGUAACAACUUCUGUUUAAAUGUAAGUCUCGUUCAGGGCAAUCUCCACUUCUAUUGGUGAGCUGUCUUUUUACUUCCUGCAUUUUUCAGCCACGAAGCUGAUCACAUGGCAGCUUUGAACAGGGAUGCUGGUGCAUGUGGCACAUUCUUUACAGCCUGUAUUGUACUGCACACAGCAGACCCACACCUCUUUAUACCACUGCUGGUUGCAAUCCGGGCUAAACAGGGUUAUGCACACAGCCGGAGUCAUGGUAUAAUUCUGGGGCGAAAAGGACACCUGCUUUUGCAAGGUAUCUGCUGUGGUUGCUUCUCGUGAUGCUGGUUUAGUGCCCCAACUACUGAAUUGAAGAGUCUGGCAUCUGCAUUCAUGUGCCAUUGAACUUUACUGCCCAUUUGCUCAGGAUCCAGACUUUGCCUUCUAUAGAUGGAUAUAAAGGCUCCUUCCCUGUUCUUCCCUGUUCUGGUGCUCCAGCACCACCUCCCACACUAUUCAGGUAGGUUCCCUGAUCCUCUGGAACUGUGUGAGAGGGCACUAGAUGGCCGGUGGAGGCUCCAAUGAGAGGAGGGGAUUGGCAAAAGCGCUGGCAAGAGCAUCCUGGGAGCAGAACUCUGCUCAGGUGAUGCUCAGUGGCAGGAAUGAAGUCUGAAACCAACCCCUAGCUUGGCGAGAUCCCUUUAGAGCUCUCUGCAAUCUCAUUUCUGUUUUUACCACCCUGAAUUUGCUUUCACAGGAACUACUGAUUAACACACAUUGUAACCCAAAAGUUCAUUGCACGUUUUACAUAAAUCCGAAAGGUGAUUUGACACUUCCUGAAUCUUUUAAAUAGCACAUCACGCAAUUACAGCUGGUUGACAAAUAAGUCAUUUUAAUUUAUUAGUUUUAUUAAAGACAUUUUAUACUCAAAAGUUUAAAAGGCUCUUUCCCCCAUUGCCCCAUUGUUUGGAGGCCUCCAUUCUCCUUAUUGAAGAAAUUCAUGGACUCCGAAGAUGUUACAAUAUGUGGAAGUCUGUAAUUUUGCUUUUUACUAUUUGAAGUUUUAAUAAAAUCCUUUUAUGUGAUUUCAUAUAAGCUAUAAAAGGAGGAAAAUCUGCUUUGGAUUUCUUUUUUAUUAUUAAUGUGGUUUGAGAGUACUUUUUCAAUUUGUUAUUGUUGUUGGCAUUUUCAUUUCCUCUCCUUGGCUUUUGUUCCAUAUUUGAAAUUUACCUGGGCACAAUGCCUAGUUUUUCAGAUACUGUUUACUGUAAUUCUUAAGGUGCUAGAGGCUAUUGGACAUUGAUAGGCAUUUGAAAGAAAGAAAAAUAUAUAAUUGGCUGCAUUAUGAGGCUGAAAAGGUUUGACUACCCAUUUUCCCAGUAGGUUGCAUAGAAUGUGCUCAAAAUAAAAUAUUCAGAGGAAAGUAUGAAACAUAAUAAAACAUUGUACCUGAUUUUAUUUUAUUUUAUAGCUCAUGAUUGCACUACUUCAACAAGCAUCAGGGCAUCUUUGGAGGUGCCAGUCCCAUCCUAUAUUUAAUCCAGAGACAUGCCUGUGUGAUUGCCCUCCCAUGGUUACUUCAGCAUCAGAGUAGCUUCAGUUAAUCUUGACCUUGGCAGUUGUGUAUUCCAGAAGUUCAUAAAUGGAACCAAACCAAAACCUCCUUACAUAAUUUUCGGGAUGUUCAGAAGGGGUUGGCUUUUACAAUUACUUUGGAAGGAUCUCCAAAGAAGAAUGCCCCCAAUGAAAGGUGAUGGAAUGUUACUCUGUUGAUGUUUCAUCUGUAUGGAAAGUUAUACUAAACAGAAUGUAAUUGAACUGUGUUUAGACAGCGUGUCUUGGCAGAAUCAUAUAAGAAAAAGCAAAGGCUUGCUGAAUGCGUGCCAAUAAACUACAGUUGAAUCAUGACAAGAUGGUGGUGCUGUGGGCAUGUCCUGGUUAUGUCCAGGGAGAUGGUGCUCAGCCUAUUUUAUAUGAGGCUGCACUGCCCUGACAUAGCAAGCUAACAGUUUAGAAGUGCUCCUGAAUCCUCAUUUUAAUGAUGCACAUCAGCCUGAAGAAUUCUUUACAGCCCAGCAGCUUGCUUCUAUCAUUUCCUUGCUUGUUUUGUGUGAAUAAUGCUAUCCAUCUCCUUUGCUUUAUAUAUAUUUCUUCUGCAGAACCAAUACAUAAUAAGGCUCUGAUCAGCUUUGCUAGUAUAUCCCUUUGUUUUGAAAAUGUGCGCAGCGACAUUUUGUAUUUGUGAAGCAUCCUUGAAAACAGACAAGACAUUCUGUGGCAUCUCAAGGCAUUGAUUAGCUUUCUGGAUUACAGGAUAUGGCAUAAUAUGAAGGCAACAUUUCAAAAUCCCAACAGAGUCUGUUGGGAUUAGGAAAAUCUGGCACAUGCUCUGAAAGAUUCACUUGUUUGACUUGUUUGUUACCAUGCCAUUAGAUCUUCAGUCACUUGAGAGAAUGUAGAUUUCAUGAGCCAGAAGUGUUCAGAUCCAGCUGGAGCCUUAGGAUUUUAGCAGUUCAAAAAUCACUGAAAUAAUGCAGCAGUUCUGAAGCAAAGAGAGAGCCCAUCUAGGCCUCAUAAGAAGUAGAAGGCAGUAGACUAUUUUAAGGGCACAAUCUAACAGAAACUGAGCCCUUUAUAUACCAGUUUUUCAUGGGAGAGUUUUAAACAUUUACAUGAAGUCCUCAUUAAAUCAAGAAGUAACUUUCGCUCUUAAGUCAAAGUUAAUUGCCAUAAAUAACUUUUCACUCAAUUUGUUCGUAACAAAGUUGGCCUACAUUUUUAUUAUAGUUAUCUGACCACAAGUACAACUCAUAAAGCUCACUGUAUUCUACAAGGACUUCACUUUUUAGGAUGAAAAGCAAUCCUUUAGAGAAAAUGGCAUCUCCCAUUGCAUCUGUUAUUCUAGGCCAGACUUUGCCAACCUGGUGCCCUCCAGGUAUUCUGGAUUAAAACUCCCAUAAGCCCCAGCUAGCCAGAUGGUUGGGGCUGGUGGGAGCUGUAGUUCCAAACAUCUAUAUCUAGAUAAAUAUAUGAGAUUAUAUGUUCUGAUGUUGAAGUUUGUGAUUUGAAUGUAUAUUUAUUUAUUAAUGACAUUUGUGUGCCACCAUAUAACAUUAAAAUUUCUGAGCGACUCUCUGUGCUUUUUAAUUUUUUAGUGGACUCAGGAGACCAUUAAUAGUAGCAGCAUAUAUGAGCAGCCUUUGUAUAGUGUAUUCUACAUAGAUAAACUCAAUAAUUCUGAAUGGUAUAUCAGAACAAGCAUAUGAAGCUACUUUUAUGUAGCUGGAUAUUUGGUCCUUUAACUACCUAUGACAACUGGCUGCUGUUUGUCUUUUUGUAUGCCAUGCGUAACAUUAUUAUUAUUAUUAUUAUUAUUAUUAUUAUACACAUUAGAGCCGUGGGGCUGAGGUUACCUAAUGAGUUUAUCGCUGAGGCAGCAUUUGAACAGGAGACUUUCCAAAGCUUACACUCAUACUCCAUACAAUUCUGACUGUAUCCUCCACAGUCAGGCCCAUGUAUUCAGAAUGCAAAACAAAAUCCCUAUUAUUAUUUAUGCUUGGCACUAUUAAUAGUAACACUCAUAACUGCAAUUCACAAUAAAUUACAGCUGUGUACCUAAGGUCCAGGAGCUACUCUCAGAUUUAGUGCUCAAAAUUACAGAGAUUGUUGGUGGUGGAGGAUUAAUAAACCAUAAACCGCAAACAAUCUACUACCAAUUUUACUCAAACCACACACCUUCAAAAAUCAGCGGCUGAGAGAGGGUGCCACAAAAUGUAUUGGGGGGGCUCUGUAAAUCAGUGCUGGUGCUCCUUCCCCUUGUUUAGAAUAACUAGUCAGGGAUGCAUCUAGACCAGGGGUCUGCAACCUUUAAGACAAAAAGAGCCACUUGGACCCGUUUCCAAAGAAAAAAAAACUGGGAGCCGCAAAACUCGUCAUUAUAAAAAUAACUUUUUUGUCACUUUUUAUUAUUUCUUUGUUUGACCCCUCAGAAUUACUCCUCCUCAUAGAAAUAAACGUUAAAUUAACAAGUUACCUUUUUGUGUGUGUGUUCUUCACUCCCCUUCAAAACAGUGACCAGCGUACAUGCCCCCUUUCAAUGCAGUGACCAGCGUACAUGCCCCUUACAAUGUAGCGGGCGCGCGGGAAGGCGACGUCGGGACGGUGCGUGACUAACGCACGCACCGCCCCCAUGCGACGUCACAGCCAGUACAGCGCCCGCCACAGUGGGGAGUGUCGGGGCGCACAAUGCGCCUCCUCCCCUCACUAGUAUCCGCCCCGGAGCCGCCACAUGCGGCUCCGGAGCCGCGGGUUGCAGACCCCUGAUCUAGGCUAUGGGUAGGCAACCUAAGACCCCGGGGCCGGAUCUGGCCCAAUCGCCUUCUAAAUCAGGCCCACAGACGUUCCGGGAAUCAGAGUGUUUUUACAUGAGUAGAAUGUGUGCUUUUAUUUAAAAUGCAUCUCUGGAUUAUUUGUGGGGCAUAGGAAUCCGUUCAUUUCCCCCCCCCUUCAAAAUAUAGUCCGGCCCCCCACAAGGUCUGAGGAACAGUGGACUGGCCCCCUGCUGAAAAAGUUUGCUGACCCCUGAUCUAGGCAAUUUUAAACUUUGAUCUUAUGACCACCACCCCACACCCCUUUUCAAUAGCAGUAUUAUGUGGUGCCUCAAUGCCAUGAGCCAAGUGUGCUGUAUUCCUGGCCCUCACCUUCUCAUUCCCCUAAAUGGGGCCAGAUCUAUUAUGAAACUAAUGAAGCUUAAAUCUCCAGGGUCCCUAAUCCUGGAGGGAUGAAUAAAGAAGCGACUUUAUUCCCGCACGUAUAUAACAUUUCCCUAAUUUUCAUCUUCCUCAUAACUUGAAAACUAUAAAGGCAUUGGGGGUGGGGGGAACUCACACGUGACUUUUUCAUGUGAACCAACCCAGUGCAGCAAUUUUAAUCAAAAUCUGAAAUGUAGUAGUAAAGUUGUUUUUUAAAAACAAAACAAAACACACACGUGGUGCUCUGUCGUGGAGCAACCCCCGUGAAGAUGAUAACAAUGGUUACCCGGGCCUUCUUGCUGGUUGCGAAGAGGCCCCCCUAACAGUUCAAGCUGCAGUCCCCCCCAAAAGCCUCAGGGUCCGCCACUGAGCGGGGCCCAGGCCUUCUGCCCUCAAAACCCCCGCCAAGUGGCACCACCUGUCCACUGGCAGCUUUCCCCCUCGGGCGGAGGUGCUUGUUAGGUAUGCGGCGGUGGAGGCCUGCUUAGUUCCUCCUCGAGAGGCGCCACCAAGGAGGAAUAGCACCGCGCUGCCCUCCUUGACGCCCAACAAGGCGAUGCCCUAAGAUUCUGGGUUCGGCGCGGGGGAGGAGGAGGAAGGGCUCCGCCCAGGCGCCCCAGGGGAGUCACCCGGCCCCAGGCGUGGCCAGCAAGCCAGGUCUCCGCGCGCGGCCACCAGUGGGAAGAUCUCUCGCAGCAAGGCGCGGGGGAGGUGGGGAAGAGCUCCUUCUGCCGCCGCCGCCGCCGCUCCUCCUCCUCCUCCUCUGCGCCCGCCUGCCCUACCAGAAAGGGAAGGCGUUUAUUUCCUCGGCCUUAGAAUAAACCCCUCGGGCGCCUCGGCCGCUUUGUAAGGUCUACCUGCCUGCGAACGGAGCGAGCGGCUCCGCGCCUGGCACCACCCCCGGCAAGCAGCCCGGCGAGCGUGGCGCGUCUCGGCACCUGGGAACGAAGCCCUCUCCUCUCGCCCGCCCGCCCGCCACAAUCCCCGCCUCCACCGCCGCCGCCGGGAAAGGCAACGCGCGCGCCUCGGCGGAGUUGCGGAUCGCGUCCUCUCGCGGCGGGCGCCUGCUUGGAUCCGAAUCUGCUCCUUGCUCGCUGCUGCCGCUCCGCAACACAGGCUUAUUUAGAAAGCGGGUCUCCCCGUUGCCUUUCCUGAAGCCCUAAAACACACAAGCAGAGGGCGUGCGGUCGGGGGGAAGGUUGCUUGCUUUUCAAAUGCAGUAACCCGGUGGCUUUAAUACCCGGGUUGUUUGGAGGCAGAUCUUGCGGAAAGGAAUAGGCAGGAAGGACCCCAGGUAUUUUCCAGCCGGGGUCGCAGCAGUAAAGACAUCUCUCUCCUCCCCCUUCCAUCUCUUCCCUUGACCUCGUAUUGGCAGCAAAGUUUGAAAGCAACCUGCAGCCGGCUCCGCCUGGGAACUUUCAGUUUAACCGGUCCAUGGCUGAAUGUUCAAGGUGCCUUUGAUGUUUGUGUACGAGCGCGUUGCGAGCAGAGAGAGAGAGCAGCUUCUGGGAAGCGGACUGUUGCUUGCUUGCUUGCUUGCUUCCUCCCCCCACCCCGGCUACACUUUAUCACCCACCUUCUUCCUCCCACCAGCCCACACGCGCGAUUUGCUUAAGAAGAACGGCGCGGGGUGGGGGAGUGUUGAAAUUAGCAAGAAGUGGUAAAUUGAUUAAGACCAGUUUCCUCCUGCGAGAGAGCGCGCGCGAGAGCACUUGCAAAGAGGAGCGCGGGAGGGGGAAGAGCUAGAGCGAGAACCGAUCGCAGGCAGCCCAGCCCCUGUAGAGCACAGGAGCUUGCAAAGGAGGGGUGGGAAGUGAGCAUUGCUGCUGGUAGCGGCUCAGUUAGCUGCCGUUCGCAACGGUGGAGAAUUGAUCUAGCCACUAGCGGGGUGCUGGGUGUUAGGCGGGGUGUUCCUGCGGCUCCUCGGCGACGUGCAAAGCGCUCUCCUUGAUUGCAUUUGACUUGCAAUGCCGGCAAACCGUGCACAGGAUGAAAUCAGGUUUGUUACGACGUUCUGUAUGGGGUUUUCUUUUACCCUCCCUUCCCUCACAUGUCAGAAAGGAUCAUAGCAACAAGGCAGUGUCAGUCACCUCAUUACAGUGUCUCUUGUGCCGUUCUUUGGAGAUAUGUGUGUUGUUUUUUUUUAAAAAGAGAGAUGAUGAAUCUUUUAUGCAGCUGGCUUCUUGUAUCCAUACAGGAGCUUCACAAUUUGCACUUGAUUGCAGCUAAAAUCUUUUUUGUGUGUGUAAGAUCCGCUUCCCUAAACUGAUGGAAAAUAAACACAGAUGGGAGAUGAGGAGUGGGGGGGACUACAAGCCAUAAUGAGGCAGUGUGGUUGGGUGCUCUUUCUCCUUUCUACCCUUUGAGCAUUUUCUUCCUGCAAAAAGAAAAUGUGAUCCUUCAAUCUUCAGAGCAGUUGCAUGGAGCAGAAGAAAUCCAGCCUAGGUUUGUGCAUCUUUGGAAAGUGGAAGAGGUUUACUUGGAUAGUGCAAGUUGAUCUGUGGAUUACUCUCUUCCCUGUAUGCACGGAUUCCUUUGCAUGCCGACUCUUUCCAGCAAUUAUGCUUAAAAGUGUGUAUUUCCUCUUUCCACACCUUGUAGGUCACUCUUCUAGAAUGCCAGAGGAAAGUUCCCCACGGAAGACUCCCCAGAAUGUCCCAUAUCGGGACCUUCCUCAUCUGGUCAACGCUGAUGGGCAGUACCUUUUCUGCAGAUACUGGAAGCCAUCCACCCCACCAAGGUGAGCACUGCAAAGGGGAGCAUUUCUUGUGUGUAAAUAAAUAAGACACCUUUCAUUCAGCUUCACUCCUGUUUGUUCUUGCUGUACAGAGAGUAGCACAAAGAAUUGUGUUCUUUGUCAAACAGAUCCUUGCCCCAAGCAACUUCACUUUAAAGGCUGUAACACCCUUGAUCCUUCAGUAUUUGUGAUGGAGUAAUGUUGCAUGUUGAAAUAUUGCACUAAUAUAACUAUUGGUAAGCCCAUCUUGAGUAAGGCAUUGCAUGCUGUUGCGGUAAGAGAGGAGCUGUCUAUUAAUCAUUCAUCCUCCUACUCAUUAGAAUAGGCCUUAAAAGCAACUCACAUGAGUAAGGCUUGGAAGAUUGGGACAGUUCUGUUUCUUAACCCAGUGAAACCAAAUGCUGUGAGAAAAAUCAACAUGUAAAUAAAUAUGUUAAUCAAAUACUGUUGCGUUUCAGAGCUGUGUGAAGCUUCAGGUUGCACAGUCCUUACCAUUAUUUUAGGGCAAGUAAGUAAAAACUUCAGAGCCAAGUUAAAAUGGUUAUACAUCUCAGUUCAAUGGCAAGGGUGCCCACAUGUUGCAUGAUUAUUUACUUUUUCUAAUAGUAUCUGUGUACUGAGAUGACUCUUUAGCUUGGCCAUAGGGUUCUACUGGAACUCAAGAGCCCUGAAGAUAAGUUAAAAUAGCAGUCAAAAUUACCAAAUAAUCAAUCAUUUAGAUAAUCCCCUUUUCAUAAUCCCCUGCAGAAUAAUGACUUCUUGGAUAUGGUUCUUCAGGAAGCAUGAAUAUUGCACUCUAGAUGGACUUAUGUGGAUUUUCCUCAUUUUUUGUUAUUUCUCUCCUUUUUCUCUACUGAAGCUGGCUUGUUGAAUAUAAAUGCCAGCUCUAGCAAUGGAGGAGAGUUACAUAUAGAAGAGUGAAACUAUUGUUCUGCUCUUUGUCUUUUCUGCAGGCGAACAGGAUAAACUCUGUUUAUUUUUACAUUGCAAGGCAAGAAAUCUUAUUUGGAAAAUGGUUACCCAAGGAACAGUAGGGAAUUCAGCUUUCCUGUCUCGGUGGAUUCUGUAGCUACCCAACUACAGUAGUUAAGCUUUACAUGAUGCGACACCUGGCUGAAGACAGGAACAUAAAACUUCCAUUAUUGUGUGAGAGCAAUGAUCCAUUCUAGACUAUGAACUUGUCUCCAGCAGCACUUCUAGAAAGAGCAGCAAUGGGGCAAGCACAAAGUAAUUGAUCUAGGUGAUCUUUCCCAUUAGCUUUUGAAGCUAUGAAGAUCAUUGGCUAGUGUUUUCCUGUGAGCCUAAGAGAGAGAGGUUACAAGGCUCAGUGGACUAUUGAUCUGACUGUGGACGUUUUAUGUUCCUCCUGCCUUCAGUUAUUUAGCAUAUAAAACUUGUGAACUGCUGAAGUUUGGGGAUACUAAAGCAGUUCUUUGAAUAAAAAGGACUCUCCUGAUUCUUCUUAUAAGCUGCUGUCUUUAGCGCAUUGUGUCCCAUAUCAUUCAUGAAAAGCUUCCAUUAGCGUAAUUUUGUCAUCAUUCAAGGCCUACCUUAAGCUUUCAACCUUUCACCUAGAAACAAAACCUGUAGAAUCCUUGUGCUUUGUUGUUUACAGCAUACAGAAGCCAUCCUCCGAAAUGGUACUUCUGUAUCAUUUCAAAUGAAUUGCUUCAGCAGCUUGCACCUGGGUUUGUUUUGCUUUUGUUUUUGCAACUUGUAAGUCAAGGAUGUGUUCAUUUUAGAGGCUCUAUCCUAAGAGUCCUCCCAGGGUCAGUGGACAAACCUUACAAGAUUUGGAGUUGUCUGUAAUGCAUCUACCUUGGCCAGACUUUAACUACAUGAUCCAUGUGGCAGCUCUGCCAAACCUGAGGGUAACUUACUGGCACUGCUUGCCACAGGAGUUCUGGCAUCAUCCUUAAAGAUUUCCUCUACUGAACAAAUUCAGAAUCAAAACAAGCUGCUUCUGUGAAACCAGCCUGUCACGUAUUAUAAUGCUAAUUAAUCAUUAACUGCCCACAGUGUUCUUCAGUGAGUUGCAGAAUUGCGUUCCCCUUUCAUGUUUAAUUUCUUAGCAAAUUAGUGGUGCUCACAUGAGUCUUUGAUCAAGAAAUGAAAGGAUGGCAAAGCAGUGAAAGUUAGAACUUGGCAUUUCGUUCCUCCUGGUAGCUUGGUGUCUGCACACACCAAGUGGUUAAUUGAGAGCAAGAUUGCCCUAGUUUUGUGACAACAAAGUAAACAGGAUCAGGGCUGCUCACUUACAAGUGGCUCUUAAGUGUGUGGAGCCGUUUAUUUUUAGCCUCUGAUGUAUUGUGAGUUAUGUGUGAGAGAGGGGGAAAUUGUGGGUUGCUGAAUAAUAAUUUAUCAGCUGCAUCCGACAUUCAUGGGACAAUCUUGAAAUACUAGGAUACUUGGAGAAAACUCAUUCCUGGACACUUUCCAAAGCAUCCUUUAAUUCCCUGCUUCUUCUUUAGAAGUACUAGGGCUUUUGUCUAAUUAUUAAUGAUAAACUAUAAUAAUAGUUUAGGGCUUGCCGAUCGCAUGGUAGGCGGUUCGAAUCCCCGUGGCGGGGUGAGCUCCCGUCUUUCGGUCCCAGCUCCUGCCCACCUAGCAGUUCGAAAGCACCCCUAAGUGCAAGUAGAUAAAUAGGUACCGCUUUAUAGUGGGAAGGUAAACAGCGUUUCCGUGUGCUGCGCUGGUGCUGGCUUGCCAGAGCAGCUUCGUCACGCUGGCCACGUGACCCGGAAGUGUCUCUGGACAGCGCUGGCCCCCGGCCUCUUAAGUGAGAUGGGCGCACAACCCUAGAGUCUGUCAAGACUGGCCCGUACGGGCAGGGGUACCUUUACCUUUUAUAAUAAUACUGAGGAAGACAGUUAUAUUUUGUGACUCUUUUUUGUUUUGUUUUGUUUUGUUUUACCUUGAUCCUAUUGAGUAUAGGGUUGGACUAAGUGUUCAUAAGAAAAAAUUCUAGAACUUGCUAGGUAGGUUUCAGGCAUUUUUCUGUGACAUAGCAACUUUUGAAUCUUUAAAGCGGCAAUUGCUUCACACAUACAUAUCCCCUUGUGAAUAUAAAAAGAGAAAGCCACCACAUGUAAACUUCCCCAACUUGACACACAUGCAUAGAAACAUUAAGUCUCAUGAAGUUUAGGAUAGAAUUCCAUGUAGUGUUACGGCAAGUGUUCCAUUGGUGCAAGGAUUUUGCACGCUCUCCCUCUUUCCCCUCUUGCCUUCCUCAAAUCUGCUUCUGGGGGUUCCCCAAACCUCUGGAGCAAAGGGAAGAAAGGAGAGGAAGGGAAGUGAUACACUGGUGCAAGUGAAUAAUGUCUGAAUCUGUGUGGAAUUGUGUUUCAUCCAGUUGGUCCACAUGCCUGUGGCCUGUCUUGAGUGAAAUGCUGACUUACCUGUAUCUCCCCAUCUCCCACUAUAUUCAAUAUACAAACCCAGGAGCCAACAAUCACAGUGAAAAAUACAAUUUUGCUUUGAAGGUGGUGAUCACCAGGCUGUAAGGUAGACUAGAAGUUUUCACUUCGGAUGUGGGGUGGUUUUUUGCUUUCAUUGCUCAGGUAUCUCAACAGGGCGAUGCAGAUGUGUCUUUCCAAAUGCAGAAGCUGUUCAACUUGUUGAACUUGAUCUGUGGGAAAAUAUGUCAAAAUCCAUUUGAAAUGUUAUGUUGCAGUCUGUUUGGUGUGUAAUCUGGGUUGGGUUAAUUUAGUCUUGUUUCAUUUCUAAUAAUGAGAGAAACACUGUUUGUUUUAAUUAAAGCAGCACACAAAUCGCUCGCAGGAAAGUAGGUACAAUUACCCAAUAUAAUUGAAGCUAUAGCUACACAGUGAAAGAACAAGUUCGAGGUAGUUCAGCAUUGUUUGGAAGUUCAGGUAAUCAUUAAUGCAGGAAAAUUGUAAACUCUUCCUAGGGGCGGCUGGGUUGAGGGGAGAAAAAGCACAUUCCCCUACUAUAGGUUUUCAAUAUUAGUUAAGCCAAGUCUUUCCAAUAAAGGCUAGAAAACCCCUGCUUGCCACAUGUAGAGAAUAUACACCUCACAUUACAAUAAAAUACCCUCUGCUCCCCUCCCUCGUUCAUCUUGUUGCAUUUGGUUUUCUGGUCUUCCAGAAAAUCAGUCAAAUCAGUUAAACACUUCAUAAAUAGCUACAUUUUUUGGUGACUGUUUAUGACUGCAUAAACCAUCUGAGUCUCCUGAGUUAAAAAUUAUGCUUACUUUUUUUUGAGAAUAUGGGCCAGCCACUUUUUUUUUUGUUUUUUUAAAAUGUCUUUGGAAAUGGUUUUCCCUUUGAACACAAGCACACACCAUUUAAGGUAGAGGCCUGCUCUGGGCCUUUGGCUCUUAGCUUCAGGUGUAGUAGUAGAGCAACUGAGCAACUUUCAACUUCUUCUGUCAAACAUGGAAACCAACCAGCAGGCAUUGGAGAGAAUCAUUGUGUAAGGGCUCAUUUGGUCAUUCUAAAGAAGCAAAGGCCAAUAUCUUUUUUUGUCCUAAGCUUUUGAAGGAUUGUACUUGACAGCUAUUGAUAUUUGGAAGCAUUCCCUUUUUUGCCAUUAUUUCCAUUGUUUACUUGUUCACCCUGAACCUUUAAUUCUUCUAAGUGGGUUAGGCUUCUUUUACUAUUUAUUAUUGCCUAUUCAAGUUUCUAGCCCCUAAGUGUUAGUUAUGUAGGUUUAGGGAGAGCACUGUUUAAUCCUCCUGUGUUGUGAUGUUGCUGUCUUACACUGUUUUGCUUGCUGAGUAAUAAGAAUAAUAAUUUCAUUAUUUAUAUGCCAACACUAGGUUGCCCCAGCCACUCUGGGUGGCUCCCAACAAAAUAUUAAAAACACAAUAAAACAUCAAAUUGAUAUACAGCAUUUUAUUGUACGUGUGUGUGUGUGUUUCAUAGAAUCAUUUGUUUGCGUUUGCAUAUGUGUUUAAAUUCUUUGGGGGACACUUUGGUUUAAAAAGCAGUAUAUAAAUUAAUGGUAAUAACAACAUAAUCAUUCCGUACUCGGAGAAGGAGGAGUGUGCUAUUGAUACUUUGAAGGCCGUGCAUUGCACUUAGGGCAGUGCCUGAACUCACCUGGUGAAUUGUCCAUCAAGAGAGCCUACCCCUUUCUUAUGUAACUUGCUUAUGUUAUUAGAGAAAGGGGUCUUUUUAAACAUACAAUCUUUGAAUAAACUACUGUCUGCCUGACGUCUCUGCGGGUAAAGGAGCAAUUUCUGGUUCACCUACAAAUCUCUUGUAAAGAUAACUAUCUUUCCUUCAGACCUAAAGCCAGGGGUGGUGGCAGCAUUUAGGAGAGUAGGAUUGGCUCCUGGCCCAACACGUCCCAAUGAGUUCAAUGGGACUUGCUCCCUAUUAAGUGUAGAUAGGGUUGCUAUCCGAGUGUCCCUUGUCUCCUACCAUCUAUUAAUUGAAGAUGAGAUAAUGAUGCUUGUGUUGGAUCAAUGCCAGUGUUAGUGAAGCCUUGAAAGUAGGGGGAUACAAAAGGUUUUUAGCAUCUGGAAAGACCAAGGUGUUUACGAAUGCUGUUAUUUAUUAUUCAGUCCAGCUAGAUUGCUUCCUAAUGUGUUUAAUCUGAAAUAGUAUACUAUGUAAAUUGUUGUGUUAGGCCUGCUGAAGAUAUUGCAGAGAAGUAGUUAUGUGUUUUAGGAGUAGUACAUAAUUGCAGGCAGGAGGAGACUUAGCACUGGCAAAUCAGCACCCCAUCCCAUCUAUAUCUCAAUGUCAUGAGUAGCUUUCAGUCUUUCUUCUUUCCCAGGGAGUCAUCUUAUCUAUUCAGUUCCUCUUAGUGUUACUUCAUUCCUCUGCACCAUGGCGACUGCCUUGUUAAUUUUCAGUGGGACACCCUUUAUGAUUUUUUUUCUCGACUCAACGAUGGAAAAAACCCAGCUUCAAAAUAAGAAGAUAUUUUUUAAAAAAUACAGAAGUCCUGCUUCGCAUCUCGCUGUUGAUGCUCAAACAGGCCUCAUUAGUGCGAUAAUUUUUUUCCAGUUGCCACAAGAAUGCUCCAUAAAAACAAAUCUGUCUUUGUUUUGCAGUGGGAAAACCCAUGAAAGAAGGCAAACAAGCUGGUUCAUGAAUCAUGGUUAAUGACACCAUGAAGAUGACUUGGAACACAGGUCUCUAGCAUGACAGACACUGGGAGGUGGGGGAAUCCUUGCAGGCAGUCUCUACUUACGGGUGCUUCUGCAGCGGCUGUCUUCAUGAUCACAGAAAUCUCCCCAUGACCAAACAGUCAGUCAUAUUAUAAUUGUUUUGUCUAGAACCACGUUCAGAUGGUAGCAGUUUCGUUUUUAAAAUUAUCUUCCCCAUCUCCCCCCCAAAAUGCCCCUGCAGAUGGCAUUAUGUAAUGAUAUGGCAUCAUUCACAUUGGGCCCUUGUAAGGAAGAAAAUAAUGCUAAUGAGUUGCUGACUGAAGCAGUGGCAAUUUUGUUGUUGUUGUUAAGGAAAGAAUAGAAAAGUGAUACUAGACUAGAAUCUUCUUCCUCCUUCUUUUCUAAUGCUAACCAACCACCACCUAAUAAUAAUAAUAAUAAUAAUAAUAAUAGCAGAAGGCACUUGCAUGGUCAGUUCACAUCAAGUCCAAAGAAAUGAGAGAUUCCAUGCAGUAUAUAUAUCCUCCAGGCACCCUCUCCCCCCUUCCCCAGGAAUCCAGCCACGUAAGCUUAUACAUGUAAGUUGACAUCACAGAUGUUCCUGCUCCUGGUGGAGAUGCCGGGGAUAAUAAUAAUAGUCAAAUUUCUAUACCACCCUUCGCCUGAGGAUCACAGAGCAGUUUACAAUAAUAAACAACAACAGCAAAGCUGCUUAUGCAAGCUGCUACCAUUCAGUGUAGACAGUACUGAGCUGGCUGGACCAAUGGACUGACUCAGUACAAGGCAGCGUCCUAGGUUCCUAAUGGAAAACUGGUUAGAAACAAAAAAAGAUGCAGCCCUUUUUUGCUCUACCUUCCACUCUGCAAGAAUGCCAAACAAGCAUCUGGUGGAAAUUUUGACCUGGUGCCAGCUUAUUUGCUUUAUUCGUUUAUUAUUUGCUUGCAGUAUUUAUAGGUUGCCCUGUAACAAAGCUGUCACAGUGGCUAGCAAGAAAUAAAACAUUUUAAAAUUAAUCAGCAAUGAAACUGGUGUAAAGCUUGGUCCUCCCCACUCUAUAUGCCAGGUAUUCGUUACAAUAAAAUAAAACUAAAGGCUUGCAGAACAUCAUGCUUAGUGUGGCCCUUAGAUUUGUGUCCCCAUGGAGAACGCUGGCAAAGGGACCUCAUACAAGUGGAGGGACAAAGGGCUGGGAACAGGUCCGACUUUCUCCUGCCUUUUCUGUAUCCACCCACUGUGAGUGUUUGUAGUUCUCAGCUUGUCUCUUUACUAAUAAGGAAAGCAGCAAUCCUUUGUGGGCACAGUGUUACAGGGGUUGAACAGGGAAGAUGGAGGUGACUAUAUAUAGUGUAGAUUUUCAGACGCACAUAUCUUUUCCUUUUUUUAAAGGGCCAAAUCCCAAAUAAAAGAUACAAGCUAGCCGCUGAUUUCCCAGCAAGGGGAAAACGAACAGCCCACAUACAAAAAGAGCUGAACUUCAGUAAAUUUUCCUCUAGGAAGGUUUUCUGCCAGGUGACUCUAAAUGUUACUUCCACUUUUCAGCUGGAAAUUACUGCAUGAUGAUACUGAUCAAGUAAUGGAAGGAAAUGUACCACAUUUUAAGUAUAGGCCAAGAGCUCACUCUUGCUUUGGGUUUGUCCUAAUACUUGUAGUAAAUCCAUUUGUAGAAAGAUUUUGCACUCUGUUAAUGCGUAUAGAUGGUGACGGCCAGAUAAGGAGAAGGUGCCAGAUGAAAACAAAUUGCAUGGUUUAAAGAUAAGAAUGAUUAGUAACCUCUUUUAAAGAAAGUCCCUGAUCUAGCGAAAUACAGAGGUGAGUACUAUAUAUAUCUUAAGUCCCCCCCGCCCCGGGUUAGGAGGCUCCAAGGGUGCAAAAUAUGGUCCUUUCUAAAAAUGGAGAGCAAAUGUAAUUUUCUGGUCUGUCAGUGCUUUUAGCCAGUUUGUGGGCUGCAAGGGAAUAUUUUAAUAACGUUUCCUCCAUUGUUAUUCAGUGCAAGGUUUUAGACUUGUCUGUCAAACAUGCGCAGAGACAUAGUUUCUUUGUUGUGCCAGGCCAGAGGGAGAAAAAGGUAUUGGGGAAGCGGUAAGUAAUUAAACUUUAGAGAGAUCAGUAUCUCACUGACCUAGUGGUACAUACGGAAUAGUUAAACUUCAAAUUAAGAAUUCUGCUUCAUGCUGUCCAUUUAUAAACAAUAGAUGACAGGUCAGCAUCAAAUUUAGUAGGGCCAUGCACUCUGGCGAGACAGUCUGUGGGCACGUAGGGUCUCAGCCUGCAUACCAGGUGGAGCUGAUAAACAGGUGCCCUGGACACAGAUUUGACCUGUGCCUCCAUGGACAGCUGUGAGUCCAGAAUGACUCCCAGGCUGCGCACCUGGUCCUUCGGGGCACAGUUACUCCAUUCAGGACCAGGGAGUUCUCCCCACCCGCCCGCCUCCUGUCCCCCAAAAACAGUACUUCUGUCUUGUCAGGAUUCAACCUCAGUCUGUUAGCCGCCAUCCAUCCUCCAACCGCCUCCAGACACUCACACAGGACCUUCACUGGUUCUGAUUUGAAAGAGAGGUAGAGCUGGGUAUCAUCCGCAUACUGAUGAACACCCAGCCCAAACCCCCUGAUGAUCUCUCCCAGCGGCUGCCUUUAGAUGUUGAAAAGCAUGGGGGAGAGGACAGAACCCUGAGGCACCCCACAAGUGAGAGCUCAGGGGUCUGAACACUCAUCCCGCCCCCCACUUUCUGAACACGGCCCAGGAGGAAGGAGCGGAACCACUGUAUAACAGUGCCCCCAGCUCCCAGCCCCUCUAGACGGUCCAGAAGGAUGUUAUGGUCGAUGGUGUCAAAAGCCACUGAGAGAUCUAGCAGAAUUAGGAAACAGCUCUCACCUUUGUCCCUAGCCCGCCAGAGAUCAUCGACCAGUGCGACCAAGGCAGUUUCAGUCCCAUGAUGAGGCCUGAAUCCCAACUGGAAGGGAUCCAAAUGGUCCGCUUCUUCCAGGCGUGCCUGGAGUUGUUCAGCAAUCACUCGCUCAAUCACCUUGCCCAAGAAUGGAAGAUUCAAGACUGGGCGAUAGUUGGCCAUAUUGGCAGCAUCUUAAGAUGGUUUUUUAAGAAGCGGUUUGAUAACCGCCUCUUUCAGUGGAUCUGGGAAGGUUUCCUCACAGAGAGAAGCAUUCACCACCCCACGAAGCCCAUCACCCAGCCCUUCCCGGCUAGCUUUUAUAAGCCAGGAUGGGCAAGAAUCAAGGAGACAGGUGGUUGGUUUCACUUGUCCAAGCAGCCUGUCCACAUCCAGGGAGGUAACAGAUUGGAAUUGAUCCCACACAACUUGACUAGACAGGACUCUAGCACUCUCCCGCCCCUGUCCUGCUCCCAUGGUGAAGUCUACCUCUUCCCGAAUCUGAGCGGCUUUAUCUGCAAAAAACUUUGCAAAAUCAUUGCAGGAGAUCAUGUGGCCCAUACAUCAAUCCUUAAAAACUUCCCUAAACAGGGCUUAAAAACUUCCCUAAACAGGGCUGCCUUCAGAUGUCUUCUAAAAUUUGGAUAGUUGUUCAUUUCCUUGACAUCUGAAGGGAGGGCGUUCCACAGGGAGAGUGCUUCUACCGAGAAGGCCCUCUGCCUGGUUCCCUGUAACCUCAAUUCUCGCAUUGAGGGAACCGCCAGAAGGCCCUUGGCGCUGGACCUCAGUGUCAGGGCUGGACGAUGGGGAGCAAGACGCUCCCUUAAGUAUACUGGACCGAGGCCAUUUAGGGAUUUAAAUGUCAGCACUAACACUUUGAAUUGUGCUCGGAAACGCACUGAGAGCCAAUGAAGAUCCUUUAGGACCGGUGUUACAUGGUCCCGGUGUCCACUCCCAGUCACCAGGCUAGCUGCUGCAUUCUGGAUUAGUUGUAGUUUCUGGGUCACUUUCAAUGGUAGCCCCACGUAAAGCACAUUGCAGUAGUCCAAGUGGGAGAUAACCAGAGCAUACACCACUCUGGCGAGACAGUCUGCAGACAGGUAGGGUCUCAACCUGCGUACCAGAUGGAGCUGGUAGACAGCUGCCCUGGACACAGAACUGACCUGCGCCUCCAUGGACAGCUGCGAGUCCAAAAUGACUCGGAGGCUGCACACAUGGUCCUUCAGGGGCACAGUUACCCUGUUCAGAACCAGGGAGUCCCCCACAUCUGCCCACCUCAUCCCCCCAAAACAGUACUUCUGUCUUGUCAGGAUUCAAUCUCAGUCUGUUUUAUGACUUCAUUAUGAAAAUGUUGCCCUCAAAUGUGAAAAAUAGUUAUACACAGCGGUGCCAAUUCAGUGCCUAAAUGUCAUUUUAAAGUGGAGCUGUGUGACCCAGUCCUUUUCAUAUCUACUCUGAAGCAGGCUCCACUAUAGUUAGUAGAACUUACUCUCAAGUAAGUGUAUAUAACAGUGUGGUGUUCUGCACUUCAGCAGUGUGAUUAAUAUCCCAGCCCUGAAAUCCCAUUGAUGUGGAUGAAGCUCUGUCCGUUGUGGGAGCUCUGAUUUUCAGUCAUAUUCCUCCAAUCACAAGAUGCAGAAUUCUACUUGAGAAAAAGAAAGAAGACAGCAGCUGAGAUUUUUAGAAUAUAACCUAGCCCUGACCUUCAUAAUAUGCCAUGGCGACAGCAUAUAGCCUGGGAUAUUAGAAUGAAAUCUUAGUAGAUUAAAGGGGUUUUAGCUGAUGAGUUGGGCAGCUUCACCUGAUUAAUCAAUCAGUUACCCAACUGUAAAUAAUUAUCUGUACAUCUGGGGGCAGAGAAGAACAGCACAUAAGAGUCUUGAUUUUUGCUGCUGUUAUUAACCCAGAUAGAAUUCUCAUACCUAUUGGAGAGUAAUAAAACAAUAUUAGAAACAAGAGAGACAAAAAAAUAUUAUCUAGUUCAAAACCCUGAAACCAGGCAGAACCAUCCCUUCUCAGAUCAGCGUGUUCAAUCCACAGUAUGCCACAGGCUUCUUCCAGAGCAUGUGGCUGCAGAAUACUCAACUAGUGAGCCCAGUCAGGUACAAGUAAAAUCCCCCUCCCAACAUUUUGCUGUACCUUAUUAUUAUUAUUAUUAUUAUUCUCCCACUUCAGCUUCUGCCAUUUCCUGCACACACUUCCUUCUCUGUUGUCCUUCCUUGUGUUUAAGGGAGACCCUAGAAAGCCUAAGAACAACAGUCUUGGAUCAGACUGAGGACGCAUCUAGUGCAUCCUGGCUGUAAGCCAAUCCCUGGUGGCAUCACAUCGUUCUUUAGCCUUGGUGGGACUAGUAAAAACAAACAGAAAUUAUACCAUGAUUGCAGAUGGAGAGCUGUACAUGCAUGGACAAAGGCCAUGCAGUAGGAAGGUUUUGAGAAGGGCAGUAGCUCAGUGGUGGAGCUCAGGCUUUGCGUGCAAAGUUUCCUGGGAUCAGUCCCUUGCAUCUCCAAGCUGGACUGCUGAAGAGCAGCUCACAGAACUGAACUAUUUAGACCAAUGCUCUGACCAGGUAUAAGGUAGUUUUCCACAUCUACACUGUAUGAUGGGUGUGGGGACCCCUUGGCCCUCCACAUGUUGCAGAACUACAACUCCCAUCAGCCCCAGCAAGCAUGGCCACUCACCAGGGAUGAUGGAGGCUGUAGUUCAGCAACAUCUGGAGGGCCGAAGGUUCGCUGCUGUACAACAGACAUGGCAUAAGUAUAACGGCUACAGUCCACAUAGCAGAAGCAGGGAACCUGGUGCUCUACAGAUGUCGUUGGACUACUGUCCCAUCAUCUCUGACUGCUCUGCCGACUGUGGCUUGGGAGAAUUGGAGUCCAACAACACCUGGAGGUCCCCAUCCACAGUACCUGUCAUAGAAUUAUAGAAUUGUAGCGUUGGAAGGAACCACGUGGGUCAUAUAGUCCAACCCCCUGUCAUGUAGGGUUAGGCUGUGAGCAUGUACUUUUAAUUUAUGUCAGUAAGAUGUACACGAGGGACGCGGGUGGCGCUGUGGGUUAAACCACUGAGCCUAGGACUUGCCGAUCAGAAGGUCGGCGUUUCGAAUCCCCGCGACGGGGUGAGCUCCCGUUGCUCGGUCCCAGCUCCUCCCAACCUAGCAGUUCGAAAGCACGUCAAAGUACAAGUAGAUAAAUAGGUACCGCUCCGGCGGGAAGGUAAACGGCGUUUCCGUGUGCUGCUCUGGUUUGCCAGAAGUGGCUUAGUCAUGCUGGCCACAUGACCCGGAAGCUGUACGCCGGCUCCCUCGGCCAAUAAAGCGAGAUGAGCGCCGCAACCCCAGAGUUGGUCACGGCUGGAUCUAAUGGUCAGGGUUCCCUUUACCUUAAGAUGUAACAACUAAGUGUGUUUCCCCCCUGAAAUUUUAAUGACGCUGUGUGCGCAUCCUUGCACGUAUUUCCCAUUUUAAAUUACUGGGAUAUAUAUGCAUAUAACUGCGGUAGUAUAAUCAUUUCUAUUACUUACAUAAUUACUAUCAUUUUCACCAUUUGCAUCCCCAGUGUAAGGAAGCUGUAGGAUACAGCACAGGCAGGGUUAAAAUUAGAGGAGUUCAUAGGAUGUUGAGGCUUCUGCGCAGUGCCUUUUUAAAUGUGCUAUAAUUUUUCUGCCUUCGAUGAAAGAGAACCCCAUAAAGCACAGCUCUCCUAUAAAUGAAUAACAGCUUGAGGCUUAUGCGAGAGUCAUUAUUUUGGCAUUGUUGUAGGUGUGCAUGUAUGUUUUGGUUCAGCAGUUGCCAGCUAUGCUACAAAUGAGGAUUGAUUUCCUUUUCUGUUUUCAGUUUGGGUACAGAAAUGAAUUCCAAUGUUCCCUGAUUUUUGAUCCCAUAUUUGGGGACUUCUCCCAUCUCACUGGCUGCUUGGUCUAGCUUAGUUCUAUCCAUCUACUGGAUACUCUUAGUGCUCUUAGUUUCCCCCCCUAGAAUAAUGAACAUAGGGUAAAAGGUUACAGGAUUGUUUGUGUAACCUCAGUGCAGUGCUCCAUGUCAAGAACCAGUUUAAGAUAAUACAGUAUUCAUCUGUUUGUUUGUUCAAUUUGCAUUCCUCCCUUUUCAAGUAGAUCCUUAUAUCUUAUCCAAACAUUAAACAAUGCUUUCCUGACAAUAUGGUUUUUAAAUGCUUUAUGUGCUUUGACCUUAUCAUACCACAAGUAUGCAUGCCACCCAAAUACAUUGUUAAAACCUUCUAAGUCCAAAAUGUCUGCGUUUUCCAGAAGCAGCCAUUCUUUCAACCAGCAAAAAGCUGCUGAUUCAUAAUAAAGUUUAAGGUCUGGCAGGGCAAAUCCACCUCUUUCCUUUGCAUCUGUUAGUAUUUUAAAUUUUAUUCUAGGCUUCUUGCCCUGCCAGACAAAUCUAGAAAUAUCUCUCUGCCACUUCUUGAAACAGUCCAUUUUGUCCACAAUUUGCAAUGUUUGAAACAAAAACAACAUUCUAGGCAAUGCAUUCAUUUUUAUCGCAGCAAUACGACCCAGCAGUGAAAGCUUCAAAUUUGACCAAAUUUCUAAAUCUUUUUCACUUCGGCCCAGCAUUUUUCAUAGUUGUCUUUAAAUAAAUUCCCAUUUUUUGCUGUCAUGUUAAUCCCCAGGUAUUUCACUUUCUUAACCACUGUUAAGCCUGUCUCAUUCUGAAACCUCUCUCUCUCAAUCGGUGUUAAAUUUUUCUCUAAAACCUUGGUUUUUAACUUAUUCAGUUUGAAUCCUGCAACCUGACCAAAUUCUUGAAUCAGUUCUAAAACCCUUUUGGUACUAGAUUCUGGCUCCUGUAACGUCAAUACUAAGUCAUCUGCAAAUGCUCUCAAUUUGUACUGUUUGGCUCCGACUUGUAUACCUUUAACCAACUGGUUCCUUCUAAUCAUAUUCAGCAAAACCUCCAGGACCGAUAUAAAAAGCAAUGGGGAGAUUGGGCAACCUUGUCGUGUCCCUUUUUCUAUCUUAAAUUCUUCCGUCACCACAUUAUUUACAAUUAGUUUAGCCUUUUGUUCUGAAUAAAUUGCACUUAUACCGUUUUCAAAGCCUUGGCCUACCCCCAUCCCCUGUAGGUUCUUCUUCAUAAAGCUCCAGGAAAUAUUGUCAAAAGCUUUCUCCGCGUCCACAAAUAUCAAAACUGCUUUAGUAUUUAUGUUCACUUGUAAUUUUUCUAAGAUGUUAAUUAUGUUUCUCACAUUAUCCGAUAAGUGUCUACCCGGGAGAAAGCCUGCUUGGUCUUUAUGAAUCUCUUCCACUAACACUUUUUUUAGUCUUUUAGCCAGAAUGUCUGCAAAAAUUUUAUAAUCCACAUUAAGCAAUGAGAUGGGACGGUAGUUCUUAAGUUGUGUCUUUUCGGUCUCUGUUUUCGGUACAAGUGUAAUAUACACUUCUUUCCACGACUCUGGUGCCCUUUUCCCAUCCAUUAUUUCGUUACAAACUUCCUUCAAAGUUUGUACCAACCAUUCUUUUAAGGAUCUGUAAUAUUUAGAGGUCAGUCCAUCCGGUCCCGGAGAUUUACCUAGUUGCAUAUUCUGAAUGGCACCUUCUAUCUCCUGUUCAGUUAUUUUAUAGUUCAACAUUGAUUUACUUUCCUGAGAGAUUUUUUGUAAUCCAUUUGUUUUCAAAAAUCGAUCUAGAUCAAUUUCUUUCUGUGGUCCUUGUGUAUAUAGUUGUUUGAAGUACCUCUGGAAACAAUUUCUAAUCUCGGCUGGGUUCUGUAUAUUCCUUCCUUCCACUUCUAAAUUUGUAAAAAAGGAACAUGCUUUUAAGACCCCAGGCUUAUGUUUCUCUCUGACACUAAAACAGCAGAGUAUUUCCUCAUGUCAUACCCCCUUUCUCAGCAGAGUCACAGAAUGCAGCUGGGCAGUCAGUGCUGAAAUAUAGGUUUUUCAUACACUGUCGUGCUUAUUCUUUAUGCAGUUUAAAAAUGCACAACUGCCUUUCUCUUUGGAAAGAAAUCAAUACUUGAAAUUUGAUUCUUGUCACAUAGGACUUCAAGAUUGUGAUUCGGCUGUAUGCAAUACCACUGUGGGAAACAUUCAGUAUUUAUGGCCACAUACAUUGCUAGUUUAUGUAGUGGUAAAACUGUUUUAUGGCCCCAGAUACCACUAGUUCAAAUUUCCUAAGCUGUUCAUACUGCUUUAAGUUAGCUCUGGAAAACUCAAGACUUGGAGAAACACGAAUGCAGAGGUAGGAAAAAAAAUGAUCUUGGGUAGUCCCAUACUCAAGAGAUAUUUUGAACCUUGCACUCUGCUAUGGACAAUUGAACCUCUUAAUUCAAUAAGAUUUAGCUUAAGCUGUAGCUAGGUAGAGGAUGGCUGCCUGAAUAUGCCAUGUCUUAAUUGGAAGCAUUCCACUUUUUCCAGGCGCAAGUAAUUUUGAAGCCUGCACCACAUCCCUUUACCAGUUUUUCAGAAUCUCAGAUGUUUAUGCCUCUGUCCUUCUGCACUCUCUCACUCCAGGUAGACAGAUAGUGCUUUAUUGACUGUAUGGUGCCUUUCACAGGGAGCAGAGUUUGAAAUGCAUAGUCCAGCUAUUUGGAGCUAUGCAGCUCUCUGAUGUGGGCAAUCAGGAAUGCUGAAUAGCAUCAUAUCACUCAUUUUCUUUAACAAAUCAUUACUGGGAAAUUUAGGUUUGUGGCUAUUGUUUAGGAUAGCUUGUAAUUUGAGCCGAGCUCCAAUUCAGAUGUUGACAUAGUAAUCUGGUUGGUGCUGCAGAACUGUUCCUCUGUAGCUGGUUCCCACAUAACAUAAGAAUGUGUAGAUACUUCCCACAACAGUGUCACCCCUCCAUCCUUGCUGAUGUAGAAGGUGCUCACAUGACUCAGUGGGACAAUGUGAUCAAACUAUGCAUUUAUUGGCUUGGGAGCCAAUAGGAAGUGAGCAUCUGUGUGCUCACAAUCUUGCCUUAAAGAUAAAUUUAUGAAUCGAGCCCAGAUUGGCUUCUGCAGAGAACCCACACUCUCGCAAGUUAAAAUGUGAGUUUGCUUCAGAAUCAAUCCCCAGUUUCUAUUAGCUGAUUUCCACACACCCCCAACAUCAUCUUUCUGCAGGGAUUUAAAUUUCAAGUGUUCACUCUGCGUAUGUCAGCAAUGCUAUUUUAGAACUGGUCUAGUUAUUGCGCUGAAACCUUUCAAGUAAAAGAGGUUCUGUAAUUUUCCUCACACACCCUAACAUAUUCAUAAGCUUAAAUGAUAAACGCUCUGGCCUAGCACGCCCCCCUCCCACCAACAGACUAGCUCAUUAACAUCCCUGUUCUGGGCAUGGAUUGUGUACAUAUAUUAAGGAUUGUUAGAAAGGGAUCAAAAGGAAAGCAAUAAUUAUUAUAAUGCAUGCAUGUCAGUCUAUGCUGUGGCUGGAGGAUAGUUGCUAUUAGCUAUGAAAUUUAAAUGAAACCUCCAGAAACAGAGGCAGUAUAUCUUUGUAUACCAGUUCCUGGGGGCAAACAUUUGGUGAGUGGCAAGGAAAGAGACUGUUGCCUUCAUGUCCUACUUUUAAGCUUCUCAGAGGAAUUUGACAAGCCACUGUUGGAAACUGGAGUCUUGGCUGCAACAAUGGUUGACCACUGUAUUUUGUAGUAUUUUCCUGUGCCAGGAAUGUACAGCACUGGUGUGGAUAUUCUUUGUGCAGUGGGACCAGUCCAUGCUGUAAACUGCUUCUACAUCUACACAUUACAGCAGCCGUGUGUGGAGAUGUGUUUUCAGCACCCUCUACGUAGUUGUUAACCAGCCCUCAUUUCGAAAUGAAAGGAGGCACUGAAUUCCAUCCUGCAUUCAUCGCAAUUAGUGCUGUUUCUGUUCUGCUACAGUUCGGCUCUUUCUAAAACCUAUACUGUUCAUCUCUCUGUCUGCUGUGGCCGAAACUAGCAUAAGUAAUUAUGUAAUUAAUUUUAUUGGUGUGGGAGGGGGAAAUGAAGGGGGGGGAAGGAGAACUAUUUCUGUAACGUUUAUGGACUAAAAAAAUGAUAGCAAAUCCUGCUUUGUAUUUGCUUGUGUUGUUUCCAUUCCUGACUUCAGGUGAAAGUGCAAAUGGUGGCACUUUCGCUUCCCAUUGGAAUACUUCAGCAUGCAUACUCUUAUCUUAGGAAGAGUAAUUAAGGUGAAUUAAGCAUCCUUAUUAUUUCUUCUGGAGAAUAUUUGAAUUAUCUCUGAUAAAUAGGGUGGUAUAUAAAUUCAAAUAAUAAUGAUGAUGAUGAUGAUAAUAUAGUUUCUACACAAUCCAGUUCUUCCUACAGAAUCCUGUGGGCGACAGUGAUGAAAAGGGUGAAUGCUAUGUUCGGGAUCAUUAGGAAAUGGACUGCCGGUAAAUCUGCCAAUAUCAUAAUGCAGUUUUGCAAAUCUCUGGUGUGACUGCAUUUAGAAUACUGUGCAUAGUUCUGAUUGCCUUAGCUCGGAAAGGAUAUUGUAGAAUAAGAAAAGGCUCAGAAAAGCGCAAUCAAAUUGAUCAAGAGAGAGGCAGCAACUCUCCUGUGAGGAAGUAUUGCAGCAUUUGGAGGUUUUUUAGUUUAGAGAAAAGGCAACUAAGAAGGGGACAUGAUAGAGGUGUAUAAAAUCAUAUGUGGUGUGGUAAAAGGGCAUUGAGAAAAGCUUUUCUUCCACUCAGAAUCCUUGAAUGUUGGAAUAUUCAGGACAAACAAAAUAAAUUACUUCUUCACACAGUGGAUAGUUAAACUAUGAAAUUUGCUACCACAAGGGAUAGUGAUGGUCACCAAGGUUUUAAAUGAGGAUUCGAGAAAUUCAUGGAGGAUAGAGCUGUCAAUGACUGCAAGCCAUAAUGACUAUGUUCUACCUCCAUGGUCAAAGGCAGCAUGUUGCUGAAUGCCAGUUGCUGGGGAUGCAGGUGCAUAGAGUGCUGUUGCACUCACAUCCUUUUUUCAGACUCUCCAUAGGAACCUGCUUGGCCACUGUGAGAACAGGAUGUUGGACUAGGUGGGCUUUAGGCCUGAUCCAGCAAGGCUGUUCUUAUGUAACUCACUUAGGUUUGUGUAAGUUCACCACCUAACUAAGGAUCCGUGUUAAUAUUUUGGAUAGCCUGAUAGAAUUUUUAAAACCUGCUCUCUUUCAGUUUAGGAACUUUUCUGCCUGGUUCCCUCUGUGAAAUUGUUAAUUCUCAUAGGAAAGUGGCAAGUUACAAGCCAAGUAUAAGUGCACUUGGCAAACCUUUAAGACAGCCAAUUUUUUUAUUGCUCCCUUCUCCUUGGCCUGUAGCAGUGGGUUGAGCUGCCAACCAUCUCUCUUAGUGCUGUGGGGAGGAAAAUACCUGUUGAUUUUGCCAGAUCUGUUGCAAGAGGGCCAAGAACAAGCCCAGCCGGCUCCCUACCCACCUCCAGUGAUUUGGCAAUCUGAAAAUUGCACCACAAGGUGACUCUCCCUUCUUUCACCUCAUUAGUAUUACAGAAAAUCCUCGAGGUAGAGUAUUAUUAGUGGUGGUGAUGGGGAGAGAUAGAAAACUCACAAUUAUACCAUUGUGGGGAUCCUUUCUCACAUUAAGCCAAGCACCACUUAAUUGCAUUGCUUAUUGGAAAUUCUGACAACCGCUGCUAAUACUACAGCCAUGGUGUGUUAUAUAAAACACCUGUGCGAUGUUAGUCACGUUGCUAGGUUCAGCAAAACGCCGUCCUACUCACUUGCUCAAACUUAAGCAUGUUUUUGGCAUAUCAGUCAUAAAUCCAUUUACUCCAUUGGAUUCAAUGGAAUUUGUUUCCAAGCCAGCAUGCUUAAAACUGCAGUCUUUAGGAUUUGCUGACUCCUGGCCACGUUUGUUGUUUUAAUCCAGUUUAUAGAAAUUGCAGGUCAUUCAUGCAGAGCCAGUUUUCAGGCUGUGCAGAGAGCUAUUUUGGCUCUGUUACUUAUAUGAGGGUUUUUUUUAAAAAAAGAAAGAUGUGCAAGAGAAGCCUUUCAUGCUGCCUGUGCUGGUUUCUUCUUGGAACGUGUCAAUUUCAGAGUUUCUUGCUAACAGAAUUGUAGCAUCUGGAGAUGAAAAUAACUGCAAAAGAAGCACUGUGGUUAGUGGGGUCUUGCAGUGUCCAAAAGAUGGAUGUGUUUCUUUGGCCGUUCUGUAGGCCUGAGCCAUCACGGUGAACACAGCCCAGCAGUGGCCUGAGAGGGGCUUAGCAACUGCCUGUUGUUGUUUUUUAAAGUCUCAGGCAUGCCUAGCAAAAAACUCAGGAGCCACCAAAUGUGGCUAGUGGUCUGCAUUCAGUUUGGUGGGUAACAAACUGUGCAGGCCUGCUUUAUAGUGUUUACAUUUUUCCAGAUGUUUUGAAUGGAUGGAAUGCUACUGUACUGCAGCUACCAGUGAAAAGAGAAAAUUCAGUUUGUGAUCAGUCAGCUCUCAUGAGUCAUGAAGCAGUUGUGUGGCUACUCAGGGAGAUUUUAACAUAAGGUUACCAGAUUUUUUUCAAUGAAUCUGGGGACGCUUUUCAACUUCAAUGGAUUUUGUAUAGGGACUGAUUUGUAAAUCCGGGGACUGUCCCUGGGAAAUGGCGACAUCUGGUAGCCUUAUUUUAACAACCAUUACCAAUACACUAAUAUCCCCUGUGGGGGCAAGAUACCCAAGAGGGUGGUACUUUUGAAUACUUUGGGGUGAAACAGAUUUCUUAGAUCCACUUCGAUCUGGAUUCAGGCCCGAGUGUGGCACUAAAGCUGCUGUGGUUGCACCAGUGGGUUAACUCCGUUGGGAGAAAGAUGGGAGAACACAACCCUGUUGAUUCUCCUUGUCCUCUCAGCGGCUUUUGAUUCUGUGAACCAUGGUAUUUUGCUUGUCCUCUUAGCAAUUUUUUGAUAACAGUGUCCACGGUAUCAUCUGGCUAACAUGGGCAUGGUAGCAGAGUGAUUCUGUUCCUACCUGUGGGGUUGGUUUCAGAAAGAAGCAGCAUGGUUCUGUCUUACCUACCAUCUACCACUUCGUGCUUUUUAAUGAAGCAGUUUUUGGCAGACCAUCAGAGGGUUUGGAGUGAGGUGUCAUCGGCAUACUGAGCUCAGUGUACAUUCAGCUCUGUUUCUCUGUCAUUGGAGGCAAGUGAGGCUGGACAAGUGCUGAACCAAUGUUCAGUAGUUGGCUGGAUGAGGGCCAAUAAACCUGAGGGGCUGCACUUAAAAGGCUAUGGGCAGGAUUCAGGUAAUGAAUCCUGUCAGCGGAAGCCUAUGCAAAUACUUCUUGUGCAAUAGGACGUCCCCCUCUUUCCCCAGGUGAUCCUCAAACACCUAGAAAUUGACUCAGAGUGGGUCAGGAGAACCCCUGGAACAGCAUGUUGGGGGAGCUGAGGGGGAUCUUUCCAUCCAACAAACAGAAAUGUAAUAACAGAACGAUCAGCUUAGUUCCAUUCCAUCCUAUUUCUCCAGUUAUCACAUGCCAUGUUAUCAGUUGCAUUUAUAUUAUGUAUAAUUUUCAUUUGUAAACUGCCUUGAGAUGGAUUGUAAUAGUUAGUAUUAAUAUUUUUAUAAAUGAAUAAAUAAAUAAAUAAAUCAGGAGGCAGGAGGGGAGCCCCUGAUUAUGAUCUCAGUAAAUGGAUGGGCUGGUAUAGAAGAAGGCAGUCUGGUAAAUAUCUGGGUCCCAGGGCUUUAAAUGCUUCAAAACAGCAUUUGUAAAUAACAAUACUGAAGCUUUUAAAUCUUGCUCUUUUAAACACAGCUUGUUUGCUUUUAUAUUCCCUGGUUUCUAAAUUGACACAUUCUACUUUGAUGCUCCAUUUAGGGGCCUGGUGUUCGUUGCUCACGGUGCUGGAGAACACUGCUGUCGCUAUGAUGACUUGGCCCAGAUGUUGACGGGAAUCAACUUUUUUGUAUUUGCCCAUGACCAUGGUGAGUGCCAUUGAAAGAACAGUGCGUGGCUGAGAUAGCAAAAGGGAUGAAGUCAAAUGCUCUUCGGUGUUUAGAAACAGAGACCGUGAAUUAAUUCUAAGCAAUGGUAAGACAGCUGAUGUGGCUCCACCUAUCUGCAUUAUUUUGUCUGAGUGCCAAAUGAAUGUGUAAUGCAGUUGCUUACAUCCAAAAUGUUGAGAUAAUCAAAUAUGAGGAUUGAUUGGAAUGCUGUUUACAUUGCAACCUGUACUUGAGAUUGUGUGUGUGGGAGGGAUGGUGAAAUACGGAAAACAUUUUCUAGUAACAUUGGUGCUCUAGGAAUGUGGUCCCAGAGUAUGAAGGCGCAUGAGGUGACUGAAACUAGGGAGGUCUGGGUCUGGUCAGUGCCUGACCAGGUAACCAACUGGGAACCACAUGAACUGUGCCUUGGGUUCCAUGACAGAAGAAAGAUGAGAUAUAAACACACAAAAAAAGUUUUGGUGUAUGACACACUUGGGUUCUUUAGCUUAGAUAUGAAGGUUUCAGUUUUUGUUGCAUUUGCCCUUCAUUCUGGUUGCCCCUACUGUACCAUAAUUCUAACUAUUCUGGGAAUUAUGGGGACAUCUGUGGAAGGAAAAUGUUUAUGUUUUUGUCAUAAGGACAUGCGAAAAGCCAUGCUGGGUCAUACCGAAGUUCCACCUAAUCCUGCAUCCUGUUUUUCAUAGCCAGCUAUCAGAGUCAUCUUCUGGAAAUCUCACAAGCAGGGCAUCUCCCUGGUUAUUGCUCUCCAGUAACUACAGUUCAGAGGCAUAUUGCUUCUGGACCUUGGAGAUUCCAUAGCAUUGUCAUGGCUAAUAACCAUUGAUAGAACUAUCCUUGCUUGGAUCUAUCCUCCAUGAAAUAGACCUAUCCUUGUCCUAAAAAUGCAUUGUAGCCCUCAGUUUCAUAAAAGCCUUUCUGACUAGCUUAGCUGGGGUGGGAAGGGAACUUUGAAGAAACAGAAGGAUCUGUCUCCCGAGAGGAAGUGGGCCUUCUUCAGGCCUACUUUGUUUUUAUUAGAACCCCAAGAUCUACCUAUAAGAGUCAGGGUAAAGCACAGGGUGUCUGUCUUCACACAUUUUGAGCCUAAAAUUUUCUUUUCAGUACAGAAAUGAGAUAAUCCUGUCACACACAAGUCCACAUCUGGUUGGCUUUCUUCAUUUCAGCAGUGCAGUUUAGGCGGUGGUGGAGAACAACUUCAUUGUUUCCAUUGUUAAACAGUUUAGAGUCAAAGACCUUUGCCAAUCUAUACUCAGAUCUGCUUUCCUGUCUGUCCCCACUUGCUAUGAAGCCAUAUUGUCUUCAAGAAAACAAAACAAAACUUUAUAUAACUUUUAGAUGUUUCUCUCCUUCUUCCCACCCCAUCCCAAAUGACAAUAUUAUUAAGGAUUUUCUUCUACACACCCAAAUUUUGCUUCCUUCCAAAGGCAGAGCAAAGUUCUUCCAUUUGACUUGUUAAUUAGAACAGGCAAUUGAGGACAAGUGGGUUGGAGCCAACAUCUGUAGUGUGCUCUCCCAUUUUAAAUUCACACAAGAAGAGUGACCCUACUUCACUUUGCUCCAUUCUCUCCACCCUCCCACUGCUUGAUUUUUUCCUGACAGAUCCCACUGUUUUCUGGGAAAAUUCUCAUCUGUUUCUGCAGGUUUAAGGAAGGCACAUGGAUUGCCAUGUCCCCAUGUUUGUCUUCCCAAGAAACCCCAAUUAUUUCAUUAGGCAGCCUUAUGCUGAAGCCAUGCAGCUUGAGCAAUUAAGUUCAUAAUUCCCCCUAAUGACCAUCUGGGAGUGUGCACUUGAGCUGCAUCCAGGGUUGAAUAUAUCUCUUCUCCCCCCCCCCCCCAACCCAUGUUAAUGACACUUAAUGGUGGCUAUUAUGCUUUGAAAGGUACACACAUUCUGUUUCCUGAUCCAUCAGGAACCUACAGGGAGAAGUGCCUUGCGAAGCAUUUGUUUGGGCUCUGCUACUCUUUUGUCUCUCACUAGAAGAAGAGCAAGGCGUGAGGGCUACAUUGUAGGGUUUUGCUGCGGCAUAUAUUGCCCAUUCAUCUCUUCAGUCAUGAGGACUUGAAACUUGCUUGGUUUUGUUUUUAUUCUCUGGUAUUUGCAAGACUCUGACGAUAUUCAGUCAAUCAUACAAAGAGAUUUUUUGAAGCCCCAGAGCUCUUCAUGGAGACCAGAAAUGGACAGUGACUUGAGGGCCAAAGUCAAAAACGCACACAGAGAGAUUAAUGUGGCCCAGCUACAACCCCCAAGAAAACUGCAAACAAGCUAGGAAAUGAAAUGUUUUUAAAAGGAACUUCUCAGCUGUUGCACAACUGAAUAUAUAACAUUUUAAUGCCACAAAAAAAUAAAAAAUAAGUACCUUCUUGUGGAACCAAAUGGAGGGGAGGGGCAAUGGCACACACCUGGCCUCCUGUGCCUUUUCAGCAAGGAGGGGUGGUGGAGAGGUUGGCAUUGUGCGAAUACACUGGCAGCUAAUCUGGUGAGCCCCCUGGUGUGUCCACAGUGCUGAUCUCCCCAUUUACUCGCCCCUCUUCCUUCUGGUAUGCUGCAGUGAUGCUGCUGCUGGAAGGCGAAGUGUGUACCUCCUGCCCCGCUGGCUGCCUGCCUUGAUACAUGAAGCAUUGACAAAUAGGUAUGCUAAUGUAUGACAAUCACCAAUGUAUAACAAAUACUAGUUAAUCUAUAACAAAUACCAAACAUGUUUUGACCAAGCAUAUAAGCAUUUCUCUCUUUGUCCAUUGUUCAUAUAUCAAGGUGUGUACAUGUUUGCGUUAUAAAGCUUAAUAUACCAGUAUUUAGUUGCACGGUAUUUGAGAAGUUCUUUUUUACACAGUUGGUUUCCCAACUUGAGGGCCAAACUCCACAUUAUGCUGAAAACUAACAUGGUUAGAAAAGACUCAGCCAUGGGGGUGAAUUGAGACCAUGGCAUAGCUGGGAGAGAGCUCGGCUCUUUUCCUUACAGUUUUCCUGUCAAAAGUCACUCCCCCCCCAAAGGUGUAACACCUGUGGGAACAAAUAGGAGCUUUGGGGUGUGAUUUCCAGCCCAGGAAAAACAGCAACAUGAAAACCCUCUGCACCAUGUUGUUGUUGUAAAGAAAGUAAUGUGGCCAGUUUUAUGAUAUACCGUAUUGGCCUGAAUAUAAGCCGCACUUUCCCCCCAAAUUCUGACCAUGAAAGGUUAAGGUGCGGCUUAUAUUUACGACCUUACAGUACGCAGCCAGGAGCACAGGGCAAGCAGCGCCAGGAGCGCAGCGAAGCAGUGCCUGCUCCACGCGUAAUUCCCUAUCCCCUCCCCCAAGGUUGGGAAGAGAGAGAGCAAGGAAGGGGAAAGGCCAACGGCAACACAAUGCUUCUCCCCCCCCCCGCUCCCCCCCCCAAAGUAUGCAGCCAGGAGCAGCGAGGAAGGGAGUGGCUUAUAUUUGGGUAUUUUUUUCUUUUUCCCCACCAAUUUUAAAGCUGCGGCUUAUAUUUGGGUGCGGUUUAUAUUCGGGCCAUUAAGGUGCAAAGGACUGUAAAUCAGCUUUUAUGUUAUUGUACUGGAAGUUCUGUAUUUUUGUUUGUGUGUGUCCAUCCUUUUCAUUGGCUGUAUUUUUUAGAUUCAUUUCAAAAAGAAUUACACAAAAUGUAUUAUUUGGCCCUGGACUUGUUCAGUCUAUUAAUGGAGACAACUCCUGUAAAUAAUAAUAAUAGUAAUAAUAGUAAUAGUAAUAAUAUCAUCUUGAAUUGGAUCUCAGAGAAACUGAUGCUGAGUUAUUUGGCCUAGUUUGUCAGGAGCUGGCAACAGCCACCUGUCAAAACUCCUUGUUUCACUGUGCACUAACUCAUUGUAUGCCCAUGCUAACAUCAUACAUUGUUCAGCUGUUCACAUCAUGCCCAAUAGGUUAUCAGAAGGUGAAGAAAGAUUUUAUAAUGAGAGAUCCAAAAUCUAUUCUUGGAAUAUAGUCCUUGGUAGGCCUUUUGUGAUGUUAGAUAAAAGGGCACUUGUAUGGACGGACUUCCAAUUUUUUCUCACCUGCACCAUUGAUAAUAUUUGUAGCUGGAAAGAAGAGCUGCUGAGUUGCUUGUCAGGCCAAGUGCGCCUUUAGAGGAAGGGCUGUAAGUCAGUGGCAGAACAUAUACUUUGUACUCAAAAUACCCCAUGUUCAAUCCCAGCAUCUCCAGGAAUGACUGGGAGGAGAUGCAACAACUGGAGGAUGUGGGACCAGUUGUUCUGUGUCUUUGUGAAGGUGUUGAAAUAUGUCUGCAUACCAGUAUUCUGGGCUGGGACCAUAACAGUUGUAAGUGUCUUACCAUGUUGACUGGGCCUGUUGGGCAUAUCACUACAUGAUUGGCUGCAUCCACAUAGGUUACAAAUCUUUUGGCUCCUGUGGAGUUCUGCUGUGUGAAACCAAUUUCAUGCCUUCUAAAUGGGAACUGUAGACAUGCUUGCACCCAGGCCAUUUGUUUGAGUGCCAGGUCUUCAGAAGCCUUCAUCCUUUGAGUUUGGGGCUGCAGUUAGUACUUGUGAAGCCUCUACAUUUUAUGCUUUUGGUUCUUCAUCAUCUUCAGUUUGAGACACAUACAUCUCCAGGAUGUAUAGUAUAUGUUUAAACCCCAAAGAGAUGAGUGCGUCAGAGGAAAUACUUCAGAGGAAAUGGCACAUCUGGAAACUGGGGAGGGUGGAAAAUAGAAGUAAAGAGGCUUCUGUGGCACUGCAUGCUGAGGGCUGUGCUCCCUCCGUAUCCCUUGAAUGUCUUUUAUGCUGGAGAAUAAUGAAUAGCUUUUUUAGCCACAGAUGCUUUAAAAACACACACUCAAAAAUCCCUUUGAGUUUCCAAAAUAAUCCAUUAACAGUUUGCACCUGGUAAAGCUAUUCCAUUCAGUUAGUUUAUGUGAGUCAGAACACAUUAUCAAGGCAUUAGAGUCUUGGAGAUGUUUUUGGAUGUGUCACCAAAGCCUUCUGUGUAGUAACAUCCCCCCCCCCCCCCGCAAUUGAAAAGUCAUGCAGAGGAAAGUGGAUCAAGAUUGCUUCAUUUUGUCACGUAUGUGCUUCACAGUAUUUUUAGAUUUAUUUUAAAACACAUGGCUACAACUAGGAGGCACCACUUUUUUCUUCACUUAUGCAGUAUUUUAUAAUGUGCUUUCCCAAUAUCUGGGUUUCUUUCGAGGUUCACUGCAGUCGGCAAAGUUAAUGUUGCAUGCAUGACAUUGUUCCUCACUUCCAUAUGUUCAAAUAUUUGGAUUUAUUUGAAGUUGAGCCUUAAGUCUGAAUUUAUUCAUUGUUUCUUUUCUACAUUCUUGCAGUCCUUACAUCACUGAUCCUAGUCUCUUAAUGUUCUUUCACAGUUUAAGGGCUAGUUUUAUAAAAAGGUGUGUAAGUGGUGCAUUUCAUGAGAGGCAACAAGAGGAAGGGGGGAGUAGGGGCCAUUUUGAGUUAGAGGUCGGAGGGACAAGGGUUAAGCUGUUCAUCUCAAGCUCAAGGCCUCCUGAGACUGCUUUUGGUCUGAUUAUUAAUCACUCUGAAUGAUAUGGUUGAUUUGGGAGGAACCUCAAAUGCUUUGAUUGAGGCUGUUUUCUGCUGUAUACUCAUGGGGGUGGUAGAGGGUUGAUGAAGGACCCGGGUGAGAGAUAGGAAAAUGCUGGUGUCCUAGGGUGAGAGGUUGGGAGGAGAAAGGAAAGAUAUCAGGUGAGAGCUGGGAGGAGCUACUCUCUUCUGUGGGAGGUAAGGGCUAAAAAUUCCUUUUAAGAGAGGACUCCAUAUUCUGCUUAUUUUAUUUGUAUUUUUAGCCACUAUUUUAUUGUAUUAUGAAAAACUUUAAUAGGAAUCUCAUUACGAAACAACAAGAUGUAUAUGCCCAGGGAACAAUACAUAUUAACUAUGUGUCCUUUCUUGUUUGUCCACUUUGGGCAGUGCUUAUCAAUUUUGACCAGAUAAUUGAUUUCAGUAACCUUGUAGCCUGCUUCACAACUUUGAAAACUUCCAAAUUGGCAACAAGCGUUUUAAAAACAAAUAAUGUGGUUUUCUCUCAGCUAUCGGCAGCUGCUCCUUGAUGACAGCCACACGGAAUUUAGCGUUGUGAAAGGCCCAGCAUCUGUUUGGCUCUUAAUAAUAGCAAGUAAUCAAUAAUGAAACAUAACCAGAUGCUUCUUAGCUACUUCCCAUGAAGGGGCCUGGCCAUGGAGUGUUAAAAUGCCAGAAGUUUCCAUCAAGCGGGAAGAUGCUGUCGUAUGUCUCCAUCCCUAACAGCUCCCUUUAGAGCAGGGGUGAGGGAACUCCUUAGACCAAGAGACCAAAUGUGGCCUUCCAGGCCUCUUUUUUUCCUGGCCUUUGGGAUUCUCCUCAUGUUUCACCUCUUCCCCAGACCACAACCCUCACUGGCCCUUCUUUGCUCCCUCCUUGAUAAUUUUUGCCUAAUGACUCCUGGCUGAAGGAGAGAAAGGGCUUUGUGAGAGUGUGUGUAGAAACUAGCCUACUGUACAAAGUGCAAAUUUUACAUUUGCGUGGACAGGCGGAGUCCCCAGAUCCCGCGCGGUCCCCCCGUCAUGUGGAAUAACGACUCAUGACAACGUGCUAUGGGAUUAAAUUGGCCACAACUUUAUUAAAUUUCAAAUGUGGGUAGACCUUGGCUCAGGCAUUGGGCGUUCUCCCUCCCCAGUCCCCAGCCGGGGACCUAGAGAGCAUCAGGGUUAUCCAGUGUGGGGGGGGGGAUGGGCUGGCUCUGGAGAACAUAUGUUCAAGCAGAGAUAGCCGCCCCUGUUACGCCGCCGCCGCAGGGGAGAGCAAUGACGACCUUUCGGCGUACGGUCAAAGCCUCCCUUCAGAAACCCCUUUAACGGGGAACCCUGGUAUCGCCGCCGCAAAGAGGAAGAUGGACUAAAGGAUUCCGCCCAAGGCCUGAUACCGCCAAAGUUGUGACGUUUUGCUACGGGAAAGGCGAAACCUGCCAAUGCAGGGAAAUUCCUUUCCGGCCCUUUAACAGCGACCUUAAUGUAGCAGCGCCCGCAUACCUGCGAAGAAAAGUUAACCUGCAAAACCUGUGAAGGAAAGUUAACCUGCGAAAUAAGACAUUAACUGAGGGUGGGUAGGGUGGGAGAAGCUCUGGAGCCAAGUGAGGAUUCCUAGGUAAGAUCCUCCCUCUAUUGUGUGGGCAGGUAAUCCCUCCCCUACCUGGCCUGGUCUCCUUGGCAACGCUUCCCAGGUGGGAUUGGACAACUGACUGAGGUAGGCGGAGACCUCCAGGUAUCCCACCUGAGGGAAGGCAAACCAAGCCUAUGCUGUUGGAGCCGCUCCAGAUCUAGGGGCUGCGCACGUCCACGCAAAGGGCGCCCCCCGUUUUAAGCGGGGAGCGGUCAUUGUUGUUCUGCCCGCUUUUGCCUCUGGCCUCACCUGCCACUGCCAUGUGGCCCCUCAAAGGUUGCCCAAGGGAAUGGGGUCCUUGGGCUGAAAAAGAUUCCUCAUCCUUGGUUUAGAAGUUGAUCCUGAGGUGCUUCAUCUAUUCAAGGCUGAGCAAAAAAGUAGAUGGGGCAGGCUGGGCUUUGCAGCAUUGCAUAUUCCUUUACGAUACUGAGGACCAAAAGAUAAAUGUUGUUUUCCAUUCACUUGGAAGGUCAGAUCAAAGGAAAAAGGAAAGGCUGUUUCUUUCCUAUUAUUCAGAAGUCUUUUAAGAUGUUUGCGACUGAAGUGCACAUUUCUUUCCUCCAGAGAGUCCCCAUUCUAACCAUGGCAUUUUGCAUUCCCCAGGAAAGAGCCCUGUCAUUAACAAAGGCUUUACUGUUCCGUUCUGUUUCAUGAAAAGCAGGAGCAGUAGGAAUUGUACAUUUUAAAAUAUUUGGGAUUCUUCUGUAGGGGCAGGGUUUUGAUCUCAAAGCCUUUCAAGGUCCAUUGUUUCAGAAAGCAGAGAAACCUUUUAGUGGUGUGUGCUGGUGUGCAGCAUUUGAAAGGGAUGAUUUACAAGAAGAAGUUGAAAUGGAGUAUGUUUGUUCUUGUUGGGGGUGAGGGGAAGGAAAGAAGUAUGGCUAGAUAUGCAGUUACUGAAGAGUUUUUGGAGAGAUUUGUUUCUGGUAUGGUGAGGUUGGUUUGUGGCAAAAAAAAGGGAAGGAAAGCGCGGGAAAGAAGAUAAUUGUGUCCAAAAAUAUUAUAGGAAAGACAUUGUCUAGUACAGGCAUCCCCAACCUGCGGCCCUCCAGAUGUUUUGGCCUACAACUCCCAUCAUCCCUAGCUAACAGGACCAGUAGUCAGGGAUAAUGGGAAUUGUAGCCCAAAACAUCUGGAGGGCCAAAGGUUGGAGAUGCAUGGUCUGGUAGUUUCCCAGUAGAGUUGGUUCCCCGCUGUCCAGAACUCAUUCAUCCAAGUAGGCAUUCAUUAAAGCACACUGGGGUUUUUUUAAUCCAGGAGUAAUUCAUCCAAAAUAAACAUUUUCCUCUGGUUUUCUUUGUACAUGCUAAGUGUGAGGUGCUCUACCUGCCUCAAGUUCCUUGAGAAUUGUAAUGGUGGGCGAGGAAUGAGCACAUUGGGCAACUGUGCCAUUGAAUGAAGGCAACCUCUUAGCAUUAAAAUCAAAUAAACAGAGUACAACAGAAUGAACAUUGUGGUCAAUAGCUUUGUGCCCCAGUUGGCUCCUUGCAUCUUUAUGGACAAACCCUUUCAGCUAAAUCCCCCAUGCAAACAGAAGUGUAGUAAGGCAUGAAUCGUUCUAGAGGUCUAGUUAGCAUAGCUGUGUUGCUUGUACAUAAUAAAAUAUAUAGAAUACAUUGGGAUGCUGUCUAUUCCUUCCAUUGUUGACCACAGAAAUCCAUGUGCUCAUUCCGUCAUUGCAGCCCUACUACUUAUGUGAACUUAAGAAGUUCACAUAACUUCUUAACAGACUGAAGACCUGUCUAGUGCACCAUUUUGUUCCCACAGUGGCCAACUUUUGGAAAGCCCACAAGCAAGAUACAAGUACAAUAGUCCUCUCUUGCUGUGGUAUCUCUCUUGAUUCUGGAGGUAACCAUCAUGACUAGUAACUACUGAUAGGUUCAUCUUCCAUGAAUGUAUCUAAUCCUCUUUCAGAGCUGCCCAAUUUGGGGUCAGUCAGCACAAAGUGACUUUGUGAAUUCCAUAGUUUAACUAUGUGUUGUGUAAAGAAGUACUUCCAUUUGCCUGUCCUAAAUCCUAAAUCCAAAAUUUUCAGUUUUAUUGAGCAGUAGUUUUAAUUCUUGGCUUAGCUCAGGAAAAUCUGAGCAUCUCCAGCUUCAUAGACCUUGCUUGGUUUUGUAUAUACUACCGGCAGCAGCUGCUGUUCUUAUAUCCUGCAAGCUCCAAUUGAAUUGCAUUGCACAGAACCCAUUAAGGAAACCAGACCUUUGGUCCUUUGGAUUAGAUCUUGCAAACACCAUCAGAAAAAGGUGAAGAUACAAAAUUACCAUUCAAAUUAGAUGUGCUCUGACCUUCCUCUACAUCUUUUUACGAUCUUUGGGGCUAGAUGGGGAUGCUAAAACAUGACUAAAGCCUUGUUUCAUGCCCUGCAUCACAGCAGGAUGGAUUAAUGAAGUACUGUAAUAAUGUUAUCCUCAGUUCCUAUAGCUAUUAGGAAUUCAGAACAGGGAGCUCCUAAACCUAAGCUGUAGUAAUUAGAAUAUUUUACCAGCAAAGAAAGCUUUUAGAUAGGUAAUUUCACAAGCAUCUUGGUUGUUUUAUGGGAGCUCUGGAAGCUGUGAUGACCUAUUGGGAAUUCUCACCCGCAUCUCAUCUACCUUCAUGAAGAAGCAGGGGGUAUGAGGAGAAGCAAUUAUAAACAUUCCCCUUCUUCUGAGGCAGAUGACAGAGCAGGGGAUCAGAAAUAAUUUCAGCCACCAAUCUACUAUAUCACCGGGGGGGACAUAAUCCCCAUCCCCACCCUAAUCAAUCUUCUUUUAACUUCUGAAAUGGGAUAGGGCCAUUAAACUGCCAAUGAUUAUGUUUUUUCCUCCCCACCCCAACCCUUUUAAAGUCUUCAUUUUCACCUUCCAGCCAAAGCAUUUCAAAGGACACGUCUUUAUGUUGCACUGCACUGUAUAAUACAUUUCCUGCCAAGAAGAGCUAGAGACAGAAGGUCCCUCUACAAUAACCAGGAACAAAAUCCCAUGAAAGGCUAGCAGAUGACUCUACAGAUUGCGCAUAACUUGGUUGUGGUUUUCCAAACAGUUUCACAAAUUCAAGCACUCAGGUUAUGAUCACUCAGCAAAGCUCUGAUACCUACUCGAGCUUGGGUGUUAAAUCUAAAGAGAGAGCGGUAUUCAGCUGCCACAGAAAUUCCCACUUAUGCAGCUGGACUUUACCCCCUCUCCUCCCACCACACCACUCCCAAAUCUGCUCUAGGCAGUUGUGGGAACCCCUAGAACAGAUUUAGCAGGUAAAGGGGGCAGGGUCCAUUAUGGAAGCAGAAAUCCUUGCGACAGGCAAAAUGCCUGGUUUCAUGCCCAGCUUUUGCACCCCAGUUGGAGGUAACUCUUGUUACAGUAGUUCCACUCCUACAUGCAGGGUUGCUUCCAGAAAGUAGUACAGUACUUCAAGAUUGCUGCUUGACUUCUUGGCUUUGUUGGGUUCCACAAAGCUCCAUUCUGCCCCCAAGCUAUUUAACAUCUAUAUGAAACUAUUGAGCACUCCCAUCUGGGGAUUUGGAGCAUGGCACCAUCAGUUCUACCCAGUGCUUUUUUUUUCUAAAAAAAUGUUUCGGGGUACUCUCAUUUUGACUCAAGAAAAUCAGCAUUUUUUAGUUCAAAUCGGGAAAAAUAAAUACGGUAAAUAGACAAAAGUACAAAGGUUCACAAAAUGUUUAGAGGUAUGCGUCCCCCUAGAAAAGAAAGCACUGGUUCUACCUCUCCAUUUCAUCAGAAUCCAGAGAGGCUUUGAAGAUGUUGGACAGGUGUCUGGAGGCUGUGAUGGAUUGGAUGGGGCACAAAAUUAAACCGAGGCCAAAUCCUGAUAAGACGGAAGCACUGUGGUUGAUUGGUUUCCGGAUCUGGGAAAUAGAUGCACAACCUGUUCUGGGAGGGGGUGCACUUCCCCUGAAGGAACAGCUUCAUAGUUUGGGAGUAUUCCUGGAAUCCAAUUUGUCACUGGAGUAUCAAAUAGCUUCUUUGACUAGGAGUGCCUAUGCCCACCUUAGGUGGAUUCUCCAGCUAUGGCCAUUCCUGGGAUCAGACUAACCUGGCCUCAGUUGUCCAUGUUCUGGUGACCUCCUGUUUGGAUUCCUGUAAUACACUGUAUGUGAUGCAGCCCUUGAAGAUGAUCUGGAGGCUGCAGCUAGUGCAAGAUACAGCUGCGAGGUUGGUAAUGGGGCAGCCCAAUGGGACCAUGUGUCACGAGCCCUGAAAGCACUGCACUGGCUGCUAGUGAGCCUUAAUUCAAGGUGUUAGUACUAGCACACAAAGCCCUAAAUGGCUUGGGACCCAAAUACCUAAAAAGGCCCCUUCCCCAGUAUCAACCAUCCUAGAUCCUGCAGUCAGCAGGUGAGGUGUACUUGGUGGUGCCACCACUGAUGUGGACCUGUGACAGGGGCUUUUCAGUGGUGGUUCCUCGUUUGUUAAUGUCUUCCCUGAUGAGGUGAGCCUACCUCCCUCAGUAUUAACUUUCAGGAAGAGCUUGAAAACACUGCUGUUUACCCAGGCAUUUGAUGUCUGAAGGACACUGUUCCUGGCAACCCUGAGAUCACUGCAUGAGACAAUGUUUUGACUGUAACUGUUUUACACUUUCCAGCUGUAACUGUUUUUAAGAGUGCUUUUUAAAAGUUGCUUCAUUGAGAGGGUGUGAUAUUUAUUAAUUAAUUAGUUAAUUAAUUAAUUAAUUAAGACUACAUUGAAUACAACCCAGAGUGUAAGGGAAGGGACAGCUAAAUUGGCCUCACUUCGUCCAGCCCAAUGCAGAAUAGAUUUGUGGACCCAUUGACACAAUAAAACUGCAGGUAAUACAAAAUAAGAACUUCUAACGACGUCCCUGUGUCCUUUUAAACAUUAAGUGCCUUGAUUUCAGAAUUCAGUCUGCUGCUCAAAAGGCAGCCAGCAGGAAGAGCGUGGGGUGGCUGAGGGCCAAACUACACCUGACUUUAGUUAUGCAGGUCUCCUUUUAAGUGCAUGACUCUUGGUUUAUUUACAUGAAUUGCCAGCACAAUGACCCUGAUCUGUUUUGGGACCCUAGCAUGGAAGUCCUUUGUCCUUCUAUGGACUUAGUCCAGGUUGGGCCUCCCACAGUUUUGAUUUGCAUAGAGAAAUUGAGGUCCCCCCCUUAAGUGCAAAUUGCAGGUGCAAAGGGCCUGUUCAGGAUCAGUUCCACAAAGGAGGUAAAGAGUUAAAGCCCACCCACCCCAUCCAGGUGUACCAGUCUGGAUCAGGACCCCCCACUCUGGUAAUUUUUGUGAAAGUAAAAUAAACCCCCUGCGCUUAAAAAGCAGCUACAUAGCUCAGGUGAUACGGAGUUAUGGUCCUGAAUUUGCUACAGAGGCCGAAAUGAAGAGGCCAAUUGGUAUGGAAUGCAGUUGGAACGAUUUUUCUCGGUCAACAUGGAUGGGAGCAGCCUUCAAAUGUAAGGCUAGGGGAGAGCCAGCAUGAGAUGUAUUUUGAUCAAGAUACAACAUUUAAACGAAGAAGACUUUGUUGGCAGUUUGUCAAGAGCCCCAGGCUGUACCUCACAAACUUCAAAAGGAGACCCUUUUGGGCUUUUCCUUUGGAGAAUGUCAAGCAGAUGACAGCCACCCUUGUCUUUGGAGUGCCUCUUUGUGAUUCCACAGUGGUGUGCCUCUGUCCUGACUCUGGGUAUUUUCCCAUCCCAUUUUUUUUCAGUUACAGGGAAGUUGAAUGUUGUUGGUUCUUCACUUUGCCCAGCGAAAGAAGCUGCAUUAGUCUUGGAGGCAAAAUCACCUGCAGUUUCUUCCGCUCUGAAACCUGCAUCCUACACAGACAAGUGUGCCUUUUUCUCACUGUGUGUAAUGCUCCCAGGAGGCUCAACGGAGCAACAUUGUCAAGCCAAGAAACAGCUGGACCACACAGAACUAAAAAUAAAAAGACAAUGAAGCUGCACAUACAGCCUGUGCAGCUGACUGUGGAAUGAAUUCUCCAAAGACAUUGAAGCUAGGAGUAUUGACUUACUCGGCAUGUCUUAGCUCCCCUCCAUUAUUUUUGGCACCAAGCUGAGUAUUUAGUCCAAGUUCCCAGCUGUAACUACUGGAUCAAGCAAGCUUUUUUAUCCUCUCACCUAACUUAGAGAAUGUAUGGAUUUCUGACAUACUCCCACCUACCAUUUGACAUUUCAGAGAUAAAAAUAGGAAUAAUCCUAGAACAUGUAAAAGAUGGAUGCAGAAGACUGAUGGCCUAGGAAGAAAGAGUCAGUAUUUGGAUGUCAUUCAUUCCACAUUUUCAAAUGGACUAACAUAGUUCACAGUUACAAAAGGUCUGGAAGAAAAUUCAUAAUCAGAUUGUGCACCUUGAAUUUGUAUGCUAGUUUUUUGAUUUAUUUAAAAAGGGGGGGGGUUGCGGAGAAAAGCACACAAAAUGCAUAUGUUAAGGAGGAAAUGCAUGCAAAAAAAUCUAAAGCAAAGUGCAUGCAGAUCCUGCUAACCACAUGCUUGCUAUCCAUAAAUUCAGUCAUCUGCAGGUAAAGAAUUAUGCCGGAACCUUGUUAAACACUCUGCAGAUUUAGAUAUCCAAACCACCAACCUCCAUAAUUCCUUGUUUGUUUGUGCUUCACUGGUCAGUGACAUCCAUUUUUAGGGAAAAACCACAGAGAGAGGAAGUGGGGAGCAAGUCCCACAUUAGAAAUAUUUCCAUAGGAAAUAAUGGAAAUCGUGGGCUCGUUAUAUGAACAAUUUCCAGUGAACACCUUGUGUUUAGUAAGCGGGACCUGUGUGUGCUAACAAAAACUCCUACAUUUAAAAUUCACCUCCUCCCCAUGGUUAAAAAAAACACCAAAGAAAAUGGGAUGGAAUGGAUUUAGGAUUGAAGGCAUAUGGAGCUGAAAUAGGCUGAUCCAUCCAUCCUCGGUUCUGAGCACAUCUAUCAGUGUGCCUUCAUGCUUGGACUAAUUCUUCUCCCUAAAAGGAGUCCUAUUGAGCAAUUCUGGUUUGGAAGUGAUAUAUGGGCAAUAUUCCAAAAUGAGAAAAGAGCUCCUGUAAUACUUCUUGCUUUCAAAAUAAAUGUAAUCAAAUAGAAUGGCACAUCUAUCAUUCAAAGCAAAUACAUUUUGAUCAGCACAAACACUUUAUUAUGCCAGCAGGGUAAAAAAAGGAGCAAGCACCUCAAGAAAUUCAAGAACAACAAGAUGGAAAACUAUCUAAUUUAUUCUGUUGUUAUAAAAUAAUUGAAACAAUAACAUUGGCUAUCCCCAGGAUGCCUAUAAGGAAAUCAUUGCUGACAUGAGCAAAUGGGGUCUGUUGGAAUGGAUGUGUCCACAUUAAAGUUAGGUCCAAAGCUUCUUUUUAUUGCUGCAACUGCUAUAUACUGGGAAACGUCUGGAAAGGUUGUUUCAAACUCAGGUCCUGCAGAUUAGAUUUUUGCUGAGGGUUGCAGUCUGUUUCAGAUUGGUGCCAUCCCUCUCUUCCUGCAUUUUGGAAUACACAAAGAAGGAACUGUAGUUUGGGCAUGGUGGGCUUCUUAACACAGAAGCGCCCAAGAUUGCUAAAUCAGGGUUCAUAAACAGGUGUGCAACUUUUUGGUUUGAAUUUAUUGUUUGGGUAGAUGGAAUCCCAGUGUGCCUUGAACUUGCACCCUUGCUUCUUAUUUCAAGUCACCAUGUGCUUGCUGUUAAUUUUGCUUACUGCUGCAUUGUUGGCACAAUCAGGUAUCUCAAAGUGAGAAAGAAAUGUGUCCAGAGUGCCCUAAUUAAUCUGGGAAUUUUUUUUUUUUUUUUUUGGCAAUUGACUCACAUCAGUCUUUGGUUAAACUCCUGGAAUGUGUUAAGAAAACAAGUUAGUACAUUAGUUAAUAUCAUCAGUUUCCCCCUGAAAUAAUAGUGUAGGUAAGCCCACUGUGAUUUGUCUUAAUUUAGGUUAUAUCGUGGAAGUAUCAUUCAAAUUAUCUUUAGGUGCAUGCCAUGUUUGUAUGUGUAUGGGGGGGGUGCGCGCGCAAGCAAGGCAUUUAAGUCCUUGGGCUGUAUUCCCCAUAGGAGCAGGCUGGCCUUUUUGUUCUCCAAAGACUUGCAGAAAAAUUUACCCCAUUCCAUAUAAACUCUCAUUUGUGUAAAAUGCUCAGAGCAUUUCAAGUUGAGAUAUAAUGGGGCUGCCAUACAUAUCCAGGAUCAUCCAUCAGAAAUAGUGCAUGGGUGGAAUUUCUGAAAAUCGCAAAAUUGUCUGAGAUGUUGUAUGUCGGAAGUGUUUAUUAAUUGGCAAAUUUCCUUUAAAAAAUGGCAAAAAAGCUCAAUAACUUAUGUGUCUGGGUUUUCAAUUUUUGAAAUAUGGUAACCCUAGAUCUGAUCAACCCAUGUGUUUAUUAGAUUGGUAACAUUUUUCAUUGACCAUACAUUAAUCCACACAUGCUCAUCGGUUACUUCUCCGGCCACAUCUGUAAGAUCAGUACUCAGGUUUCCAGGUAAAGUUUCUUUAAAAAGGAGUUAUCCCAAACUGGGAGGGAGGCACAUAAAAUGUACUGGCCUGUUCCUUCGCAAUCUCCGAUCAUGUGACCAAGUUGAAGUUACAGUGCAGUGUUCAAGUUCUGAUCCCAUAGUAACACACAUGCAAGUCUUCGCAUGACCAUCAAGUGUGUGAAGUGUCCCUUCACUCACAAUAGUAUUCAAAUUUUGCCUCAAGAGUAAUAGAGCAGUGAUUGAAAUAACUCUGUAAACACGCCCAAGCAAAAGGGAAAGUAGGUUUACUGGCCAUCGUUCACUAAUUUUUUCUGACCCUGCUCUUGCCCUUAUUUUUAGAGGUGAAGGGAUUAAAAAACAACAACUAAGGAAGGAGAAGGAUUACAGGGGCUCCUGCUGAAGCCUUUAAGAUGCCAAAGAGAGAAGCUUUGUUUUUCUUUUUGACACUCAGUCCUGACAAGUCCCAGUCAAUGCCUACUCUGGGAGAAAGGAUCUCCGUAGGGACAGCUCACCUCCCACAUUAAGACCUGCUGCUUCACCAAGAGCCCCAAGGGAUACACUUGCCUCAAGGAAUUUUUAUUCUUUUCUCUCUUUUUGCUGUUCUUUUAAUUCAGUUUCCAGUCACUUCUGUUUCACAGAGCAGCCAAGAGUGGGUCUGCUGUGAAGCUGGCCUGCUUCAACCACAGCAGUAGAGGAAACAAAUGACAGGUUGUUAGUCCUGGCUAGGCUCCUAGUGUAUUUUAUAAUUAUUCUGCAGGCAUGCGUAUAGGGGGAAGUGGAUUAUUCUAUGAGGUAAACUCAUCAUCAGCUGUUCUGUUGGCUCUUGCAUUACAGCACCCUGAAGGUGUUGUUUCAGACACCAGUAAAUCUGGAGUGGAAACAAAAAUGAGGCGGGAUGGGGAGGUUUUGGAAGGCAUAAAGCUUUUCUGCGGCUGUUCUGUGAGCGUAGUUCCCUAGCUGCCAGUGUCAAAGUCAAGAGGGAUACAUAGGGAUGUAAGAGACUGCUGAUGGUAACAGAAAUGAACCCUCCCCUUUUUAUCCUCACAGCAACUCUGUGAGGUAGGUUAGGCUGAGAGUGAGUGGCUGGCCCCAGGAUAGCAAGUGUGCUUUGUGACUGAAUGGGUAUUUGAACCCUGGUCUCCCAGGUCUUAGUGUAAUACUCUAAACAAUACAUCACACUCACUCUCUACCUAAUUUGUACUUCCUUAACCGAAGCCAAAUUGCGGCUAGACUUAGAAAUUCGCACUUCUCCAAAUCUCGUGAAGUGGUUUUCCGCACAAAAAUGCACUUAUUGGGGGGGGGGGAUGUACAAAACAUAAUAUAUUAGGGGAAAUUGCUUGCUGAAAUGCAUAUAUUAGGAAAAAAUGCAUACAUAAAGACAUGUAUUAGGAGAAAUCAGCACAAAAAAUGCAUAUGGCUUUGUGUGACUUUUUAAAGGGAAAAAAAAUCAAUUUGAUGCAGAAAGGGGGCUAAGUAAGUUGGAAAAAUUGGGAAACCGAAAGAAACUGAAAUCAACCCAUUUAGCCAUCCCUUCUCUGGAUAUACACCUUUGACAGUGCAAUCCUACCUUCUGGUUGUGGCAGUCUGGUGAAAGCAACCUGAGACAUAGCAACCAUGUUCUGCUCCUGGGGGUGAGGCCUCUCCCACUUUGCAGACUGGUGGGUGUGGGAUUUUUAAGAGUAAAAAUAAGUUGAUGUUUUAAUGUGCAUGAUGUGGGUUGGUGUGACACCAUGCUGUAGAUUUGGAACAUUUUUGUAAAAAACCUAACCAAAACACACCUGCUGUGUGUAAGUAGCAUGCAUAUUUUCUUCAGUACUGGCUUGCUAACCAAAUCCCUGAUUAUAGGGAUGAUCUGCCUAUCUCCUGACUUUGCGUUUAUUCUAGUUGGUUUCACCUUUGCUUGACUGUAUCAAACAAUGUUAUUGUAAUCAAGGCUUUCCCAGAGUUGUGUUUGUCAAAUCCUAAUAAAACAUUGCAACCUAGCAUAGUUCUUUGGAAAAUGAUCAGCACUUUGUAAAAUGCUUGCAAAGGAGGUCAGCUAUCUUGCACAGUAUGUGAAUUGCAAAUUACUAUGGUUACGAUCCAGAAAGUUAAGCAGUUUUGCAUUCUGUUUCAGUGGAUUUAUUUUACAUCCAUAGGCUUGAAAAAGUGCUUAACUGUGGAUGAAUUGCACCCUAGGCAGCCACUGCCAUCAUUACUGCUGCUUACUGCCCUGGGAAUCUGUUGAAGGGUAGGCUACAAUCUUGUAAACAAAUAUACUGAUUUUAAACAUUUCUAUUCCACCUUUGGAGAUUUAUAUAUAUCUAUUAUAGCCAAGGCAGCUCACACACAAAUGCUUUGCUUAGAUCCAGUGAGAGUCAUUCAAGGUCCUUAGUAAAUGUUUUCUAGAAUUUGAACAGCUAAUAUCAAGACUCCUUAUCAGUUGAAUCCUUUGCCUCUCUACUCAAAAGUAACUGCCAUUGAGUUCAAUGGGCUCACUCACAGGUAAGUGUGUAUAGAAUUGCAGCCUUUAUCUGUUUGUAGAACAUUUAUAUACCUUUCUUAAUGCAUAUCCUAGGGUGGUUCACAAUAAAAAAAAGACACUGUAUUUUAUUUUAAUUGUGAAACUACCACUGCAUAUGUACGAAGCAAAAUACAAAAGACAUGAAAAGCACUUAAAAAUGACAAAGUGAACUACACAACAGCUUUAAAAAAAUAUUAAAAACAUUUAAAGCCCGGGGAAAUAGAAAAUCUUUUUGCCUGGCACCUAAAAUAUAAUGGAAAAGGCGCCAGCCAUGUUUCUUUAUAACCAGGUUACCACAGUUUAAAAUGCCUUCUCCUUGGUUAACGCCGUAACACUUCCACAAUGAACAGGUAUGGUUGUGAGAUCUUCAUUGCUUUGAGGAGGGAAGCAGAGGAACUCUCCCUUUCUUUCACUUGGGGGGCAUUUGUUACUAUAGUGCUGGGGGAUCAAAGGAGCUCCCCAAAUAAGUGCCCACAGAUCCUUGUGGCUACUGGCUUUAAGAUCAGUGUCUCUUGAAUGCUUGCUGCCAUGUUCCUCAGAAAUGAACCACGCACGUUCACCGAUCAGUUGCCUUUCCUUCUUGUAUGUGGCAUAGGUAAGCUGAUAGCUUUUGUUUGGCAACAGAAGUAGGUCAAGUUAAAGUUUCACUUUACUGGCUGCAUAGCUCAUUCUUUGACACCUAAGCAACGGUGCUUUCCUGCACCUUCUGUAGGUGAAGCACGAUCUUCUCGAUUCAGGAAGCUGCCUUAUACUGAGUCAGGUCCAUUGGUCUAACUAGCUCUGGACUGCCUACACUGACUGGCAGCCACUCUCUAGAGUUUCGGGCAGGAGCUCCUUCCCACUUAACAUCACUGGGAAUCACAAAUUUCCCUAUUGCACAUUAACUGAUGCAAAAUGGUUUUGACAGGCAGGGCAAAGCAGAAACAGAGCUCUUGGUGAUACUUUCAAUAGGUUGUCAAUCAUUCACACCAGAGAGCGCUUCCCACAGGAAAAAGAAAAUUUGACUUUCAUCCACGCUGGGGUCACCUGGAGCAGCUCUACUAAAGUGCCGCCAGGAGUAGAAGCUGCCUCGUUUAUCAAAUGUCAGUAGAUCCACGUUGGUAAAGCACAGUUUACCCCCCACAGAACUACAAUUUCCAGCACCCUUCACAAGUAACAGUUCCCAUUAUUCGUUUUUUUGGGAGGGGGUUAUAUGUAUGAGGUGGAUGUGACUUAAUUUGCAAGAGUAGACAGGAGGACAUUCAUUAGAUGGGAUGACUCCUCCCACAAUUUCCCUUUUUUUUCUUGAGAACAGGGAAGUGACCACAACUAAUUUGUGCGAGCCUUAAGUUGUAAAGGCCUGCUGCAGAAAGUGAGUCUGCAACCAAAUGUUUUUGUGAAAAUUAGAAGGCAGGUAAAAGUGGGGCGGGGUUUAGCAUUGCGAGCAUGUUCCUACUGUACACUAGAGGUUAUUAGCAAUGUUGCUUUAAUAAUGGCCAGGUGAGGCCUGAUUUGAAGGGAAAUGGCUGUAGCUCAGUGGCAGAAGAUGUACUCCAUAUGCAUAUCCCACUGUAUCCAGUCCCUAACAUUUUCAAGUAGGGCUGGAACUGCUAGCUAAAGUCCUACAGAAUCACUUCUAGUCAGUAUAGAAAAACUGAGCUGGAUGUACCAGUUGUCUGAUUCACUGUCAGGCAGCUUUUCAUGUUCCUGUGGUAUGUGAAUAAGUAGAUCAUCCUUGACUUCAGUUUAGCUAGGGAUCCGUGGGUUAGAGUUUUGGGAUUUUUGAAAAAGGGCAUUUGAGAAACUGGGCUUGUGUAUUGGUGCUCAGUAACAUAAAUUUGCAUAAUCUCCCAUCUGUUGGGUACAUCUGGCUAUACACAGUUAAAUCUGAAAAUGUUGGGGGGGAAAUAAACGGAUUAUCUAAAAUAUUGUGCCAAGAUUGUGGCCUACCCUUCUUCAGAAGAUUUAAUCCUUUAGGAGUACUACAGUAAAUGCAGAAGUGUGAAUCUGAGUUUCCCCCUUGUUUUACUGUUUAUGAGGACUGUGUUUUUCCAUAGCAACAGCAUUUCAUUAGCGUGAUCAGACUGUCUGAUUAGAAAGGUUGCUUUUUAUUUUUGUUGUUAGUGGUUGCUCACACCUAACACAUCUUGGUGCAUUGUCAUUUUGAGGAAACCAGGUGAUGUGGAAUCUAGUAAACCUGUGAUGAGUUAAGCUAAGCUCAACCUGCAAAACUCUUGCUCUGCAGGAGGUAGGAAAAAAAUGACCAGCUGUGAAAUGGGACAGUUUUGAAGAGAGGAUGAGCCAAAAUUGUUGAACAUGUGCUUGGACCUCUUCUAUCACUGAAAUUAAUGGCAGGUCCUGCAGUUCAGAAGAGUAUCUCAGGGACAGUAGGAUGCAUCAGAUCUCCUACUUUGAGGGUGAAGAGAAAGCUCUGGCCCAGGCAUAGGCAAUCUCAACCCUCCAGAAGUUUUGAGACUACAACUCCCAUGAUCCCUAGCUAACAGAACCAGUGGUCAGAGAUGAUGGGAAUUGUAGUCCCAAAACAUCUGGAGGGCCAAGUUUGCCUAUGCCUGCUCUGGCCUCAGAGAGAUUGACCCAGUCUCAAAUUUCUGCUCCCUGACAAUCUUGGCCUGUUGAUGUCAGAAUUCCACCAUCAGUAUAGCCAAAAAGAGAGUCUUCUGCGGGUGGUCUUGACGCAUGCCUCAGUGGGAUUGAAGAAAGGCAUGGCUCUAAAAGGAUCCAUUGCCUUCCUAGUUGUCCAACAUACCUUCAAACCAAGGAACAAGCUACUUCAGUCCUGGAGCUAGUAUAGUUUCUUCCCUUUUAUUUCCUCCUAUUGGAAACAGGUUUUUGGAAAGAACAGAAGAGUACAAGAACAGUUUUCAGUUACUGGGAAGUUUUACUCCCCCCUCCCCGUUUCCUUGGAGUAACCUCCAUUGAACUCAGUGGGGCUUACUUCUGAGUAGACUUGCAUUUUUUAAAAAGGGGGUGGUGUGGGCUAGCCAACAUGUUGCUCUCCAGAUAUUGAUGGACUGCAAUUCCCACCAACACCAGCCAAUAUAAGCAAUGUUCACAGAUGGUGAGAGAUGUACUUCAGCAACAUAUGGAGGGCACUGUGUUGGCUACCCCUGGUAAAAAGUGUUCAGCUUUUGGUUGCAUUGGGUCCCAGGUCUUUAUCAUCUGAAGUUCUUGGUGAUGUAAGUACAUUUGUUUGCAAACCUGUCGCCAUAGUAUUAAAGCAACUGCUUAGCAUUUCCCUGCUUUCUACCCACAUUGCAGCAUUCUUUUAAAAAGCUUCUAGCCCUGCUUAAAAAGAAAGAUUUAGUAUUUUAAAAUUUGCUUUCUUAUUACAAUGACAUAUAUCCCAUUCCAUUAAAAGGAUUUUGCCUCCCACCUCAGACAUUUCUAUUAUUAAAUUACUUAAGACGAUUCAUCUCUGACUGUGCAAAUUAUAUUUUUGAUUUGUGUGUGUGUUUAAGAGAGAGAGAGAAUUUGAAAACCAGCGAGAGCUUUGUGCAUGCUCCAGUGUACAUAAGAAGCUCUUGCACAAGAGGCAUCUUUCAUAACAGCAGUGGACGGGAUAGUUUGGCACAUUUGUCCCUUUGUGCACACAGAGCUGUCUCCUGCAUUGAAAUAAAUGCCAUUAUAAUUUAGUAUAAGUGUUGUAAGUACAGAGAAUGAAGGCUAAGAGAUAUCUCAUGCUUUGAUCUUUUUCUUUUUUAAUCAAAGGCCGGAAUUUUAAGGUCAAAGAUUCAGCCAUACCAGCAGAUCACACACAGAGAUGUAGGGAAUGUGCUAUUUUUGACAAGCACACAGAGCAUAGCAAAGAGAAGCUGAAGUGGGAGCUUUGGUUAGGAGACAAUGGAAGUUAGUUUAGCAGCUGAGCCAGUGUGACUAGGCAAUGCUCAGAGGCAGACAUAGGGCUCAAUUCACAAAGAAAGUGGGCUGAAUAUAGUCAAAGGACAGGCUUUUCCCAGCAUCUGGAUCAGGCAAAAUCUUCCACCCACAUGUAUCUUACACAACCAUGAUUUUCCAUUGCACUGCCGCUUCAUAUUAGCUGAAGCGUACUCUCCUGUACUCUCCCAGUGCCUACAGAGGAUGAAUCUCCUCUGUGUCCCACUCAGGUUUGUCUAUUUUAAGUCAGUUGGUCAGGGAUUAUACUCUUUUCCAGGUGCUGUAGCAUCUAGCACAACAUUGGUAUCAAUGAUUAAAAGUGGCAGGAAUAAUUUUAAAAAUAGUAAAAAUAUUAUUCCCCUGUUUAAUUCAUACCUUUAUUGUUCUCCCCUUCCUCUGAGCACUCUUGGAUGAGACUGAUUUUCUAGAUCCACAACUAGUGGGGCUCAGGCCUGAGCAUGGAAAUGAGACUCCCUUGGUUGAUCUGAAUUUUGUUGAGUGUGAUCCUAUUGGUUUUCAUUGUCAUCUCAGUGUCUUUCAACUCCAUUGACCAUUAUCUCUGUCUGGUCUGAUGGGAAAAAAGGAAGUGCCAACUGAGCUGAAGUAGAUUUGGACACAAAGGCUGUGCUUGGAAAAUCCUAUGUCAGCUUAUUAAGCCAAGACAUGGACAAAUCUUUUGACCACACAUGUGGUCCUUGGCUGCCUCUUUCAACUUGAUUCUCAAUUAAGCCAUGGUUGGAAGUGAAUUAGCAAAUUCUGGUUUGUGGCAUCCAAUGGUUUGGUGAGAACCAUUGGCAAACCAUUGUUAUUUCAGUUUCUCUUCCUGAGGACAGCAGUAGACCUGUAAAUCACAUUGCUGAACAAACCAGAAAUGAAAGUAGACAAGGAGCUCUAAGCCGUGAUCGUCUUAUUCAUUUGGAACAGUGUUAGAAACUGAUAUAUGAAAGUUAGGAGCUAAAUUACACCUUAAACCUAGGUUAUGGGCUCAACAACAAAAUGUCUAGGCACGAUUUUUUGAUAACAAGAAUACAAAGCUGAAAAUAUUAUGUUCAUUUUAUACAUAGUCUGGUCCUUCCCCUGCUCAUCCCCCUAGUAUUCUUAAGAGGGUCUCUUCUCCAGUCUUCAGAGAGCAGCUGGAAGUGGUGAGGUAGAAAAAGGUCCUCCUCUCCUUCCACUCUGCAGUUUUAAUCUGAAAUCUUAGGUGCAGUACUGCGCCCAGAGCUCAGAAACUGCUCGCGCUAAUGAAAUUCCCAGUCGCAAAAUGUGACUAGAAUAAUGGGAGUUUGGAACACUGGUUUGGAAGCUCAUACUAUGGUUGGGGUUUUAAACUACAGCUAGCACAAACUGUUGUGAUUGACUUAAGCAAGAGUUUAAUGCACACAAAACUCAGAAGAUACUUUUGAAAUAUCAUGCAAUCUUUAUAAGCAAUCUACUGGGAACUGUAGCUUCUCUCUCUAUAUUUUUAAGCCAGCUGCAUUUAUUCAACAUACUGGGUGAAUGGCAGUUGUAUUGGCUAGUCAUGACAGGGCAAGUGUUUUGAGAAGAAUUUUUCAUUUAAAAAGAAUGCAGAAUACCAAGGGUGACAAAGGAGUCAUCAAAGGAAGUCUGUGCUCCAGCUCUCUCACAAGGCCUAGUCUCCACUCCUGCUAGAAAACAGAGGAUUCUUUCAAGUCAAAUAAGAAUUCUGUGUUUUCUCUGGCACCAAAAUUAUUUGAAACUCAGACUGUGAUUCUGCAACAUAAACAGAACUUGAGAAGGUACUCCAAUGUGCCUCUGCGGAAAACCCCCUCCUUUCUCCCUUGACCAACAGGUCUUACUUAAGCUUAGUAACACUCUUUGAAUCGAAACCAGUCAAAUGGGUUAUAUCGAACUCAUGAGCAGAGUGAACAAAGCCCCACAGAAGAGCUGGAAAUGGAUGAGUUUUGUUGAAAAGGAAAUGUUUUCCAGCUAAGCAAGCUGUCAUUUGGGACUUAAUAGCAUGUGCUGCUGUAAAGCACAGCUGCAUGGAUGCCCUCAAUGCCCAUCGUGUGAAAACACAUGGUGUGAUCAGCAAAUAAUCUACCACCACCACGGAACUGCUCUGGCACUGUGCUUCAGCUGUUUCUAAAACUCUUGAGUUGUUAAAGGUAAAUCCUGUGUCCCUACUUCAACCUCUUUCUCUCCCCCCCCCCCCCCCGCUUUCCAAUGUUCUUAGUUAAAAACAACAGAGGCAAAAUGGUAGGUAUCGUCUCAUUAAAACCUGAGACAUGUUGCCAUAAUGAAGAUUUUGUGUAAAGGGAAAGCUGUCACAGUGGUGCUCAUAACAGAAUAGCACCAUGUUCAACAUCUUGAAGCUCUGAAAUUGGUGGGAAACACCAGGGGCUGGGGUACAGGCCAAGCGCAGUUCUCCAUAGGUCUCUCUAUAUGUCACUCAGGGCUCUCCUCGGUCCAUGUCCCUCCCCAUACCACAUCCACUUUUUCCAGGCCACACCCUCACGGUCCCUGUCCCAUACCAUCAAGUGCUUCUCGCUUGUCCCUGAACUGUGGUAGUGGUUCUUUCAUGCCCAGGUAGAGGAUGGAGAGGGGAGAUUGUCUAGAACUCUCUCACAUUUGGGUAGUUGAAAUUCAGCUUACUGGGCAAAGGUCACAACUGUUGUUCUGCCCACCUUUUCCUCUGAUCCUGCCCAGCUCUGGAAUAUGGGCCCUGGAAAGUUGUGCACAAGGGAAUGCUUCCCUCAGACUGAAAAAUGUUCCCCACCCAUUCUCUAAAAUAACUGCGCUAAAAUUAUUUCAGUCGGUGGUCUUUAUUCACAUUGUUGCAAUGACUAGCAUAGGAAAUUAGCAAUAUAAAACCCCCAAAGACUUUUCCUCAUAGGAGGCUCUGGCAAAUGAUCUGGACCUUCUCAGGACCAGUUUUCCUAAUUAAACUGUAACAGUGCACCUGUUCCAGCAAAUGAUGUUAAGAAACCUGGUUCUUUUAGAGAGCAUUGCAACUAAGUUCACAAAGCUUACUAGCGCAUUGAGAAAAAAUGGCCAGACUACCUGUCCACACAUAGUCCGAAAGAAAUGGAGAACAAGUUAUUGUGAUGUGGGUUUUCUUUAUGGGCUUCUGAUAUAUAAGGACCUUAAAUUGUGUACAGUGAAAGUACACACUAAAGCAAGAGACACUUCUGUCAGGUAUUCACUAGUGUCUCUUUUCAGUCUUUUAAUGAGCAGCUUGAGGCUACAGAGAGGGGAAAGAAAGGGGUAGUCCCAUUAUUGGCCAUUCCCCAGACAACGUGUUGAUUAUUUCUGGCUAUGGAUGCUUGCAGGUCAAGCCUCUCUUUCUCUCUCUCUCUCGGCUGCAGUCAGAUCUGGUCUUGCCAGCUGGCCAGGCAGUGUCCUUAUCCACCUGUUUACAGCUUCCCAACCUGCUUGUUCCAGCCUCCUUUGAUCAGAUUCCUCAUCUUAACCCCUGCCUGCAACCAGUUCUUCCUUUCUACUGACCUUCUGUAUUGUUUCUCUGCUAACCUGCCUCCUAACCCCUGCCUGAGGUGCUCUGGUGCAGUGCCUCAUCCUGCUCCUGCUUCCAAUCCUGCCAGGAUAUGUACCUUCUACUCUCCACAUACAUGGCUGCCCAUGGCCCAGCGCUGACUAGUCUGCAUGUAAGAAGUCUCUGAUCUCUCUUCAGGAAACUCAUUAUAUUCAGUGAACCUGAGACAUCCUGGAUAGAUUUUGUUCUCCUUAUGCUGCCUAUUAGCAAAGGGAAGAGGCGAUAAUAGUUCGUUCAUGAAGACUUGUGAAAAAGUCACAUGGCUUUCCUGUGCAUUCCUGUUGAGGACUCAUUGUGCGAAAAAGGAGUGUGUAUGCCUUCAGCCAGGUGAGGUUGCCUAUAUUGGCGUGAUGCAAGGCAACAGACACCUUCAUCUGCCCCAGCUGCAACAAAACAUCUCUCUCCUGUGUUGGUCUCUACAGCCACAGCAGGCGCUGUAACUCUCCAAUGGUUUGACUCCACCCCUGAAGUUGUGCUCUUCCAUUGUAUCCCGAGACAGAGGGAUGCCAAUCUAUAUAACUUGUAAUGUUUUCCAACCGAAAGGCUUACUUUUGACAUAAUCCCCAUAUAUGUGCAUGGAAAUAUAUGUGCAUGGAUGGUAGAAUAAGCCAUCCAGGAAGCAUUCUUGGAGAACGCUUAUACACUAAUUGGAUCAAUCCAGGAAUCUAGCCUCAGCUCAAAAGCCAGUGCAUGAGCAGGCUCUGAGGACAUUCUGAGAAGAAGAAAUCAUGAGUUGUGCAUUUAGCAGAGCCAUUCAAAAUGCAGAAUAUUAACCUCAGGGAUAUGGUUUGCUGUCCUGCAGCCUUGCAGCCUUUCUGUUGACCCUGAUUCUGUUCUCUGAAAUAAUUUGGUGUGCCCGCCCCCCCCGCUCAGUUCUGUGGUACUGUUGCCGUUAACAGGUGAACCUCACCAAGAAUGUAUCACUCAGUCUGUUUGCUUUAAAAAGGUUUUGUAGAGACUGCUGGUGAAAAAAGGUCAUUUAUGAAAAUAUUAGCAAGAGUUGCAUAUCUGAUUCCCCAUGUCUGAAUUUGGCCCCCAGCACUGAUAGAAGCAGAGGCAUGUCAUUUUUCUUACCGAGCUGUUCUAUCCGAUGGGAAUUAAUGUUCCUUCUGAUAUCGGGGAUCAUUUUGUUUAGCACUGGAGGGGAGGGGGGAACCCCUUGCAGUGGAUUUACCAGAUGAGAGAUUUUCUGCUGCACAGCAAUAAGGCAGAAAUAAUUUUAGCCUAGAAAAUUGCCUCUUUCCAAUUAUUCUUCCCACCCCUCCCUCCCAAGACAACAAAACAAUAAUGUAAGUGUUGUGCAGGCAAUAGUCUAAAAAUAUCUCUGCUCUCCAAAAAUGUGAGCCUGGUGGGAGGAGAUCCUUCUCAAUGUGUUGUACUGUGUGAGGCGGGAGAAGAAAAGUAAUCUUGCGAACACUGAAAAGAAAUGGAUGUUGAUCGUGCUGGAAACAAAGAUUGUGUGUUCCAGCCAAGCGACAUCAGUAAUAUAAAAAGUAGAACUGAUACACGCUUUUGCAGAAAAUAGAAGAUGAGCUCAGCCAAUGGUAACUGCAAGUGAAAGCCAGCUUUUGCUAGUUUCCAGCAGCAUCAGCCAUAGUGUGGUUGGUUUUCACCAGUGCUUGUGCAGUUCAGCUUCGGCACACUCACCCUAAAUGUGGCUUAGAAGUAGCAUGCUGAAAGUCACACAAAUUGGAGAAUUCUUAGGACUGCCUUGCCACAGGCUGAUAACUGAACAUUGGCAUGGGCUCGUUUUUGACAGGUUGAAAUGGUUAGGGAAGCAGGCCUCUGGGUUUGCAGUGAAUGGGAGUGGUUUGGAUGCAUCCAGGUUGUAGAUUAAUCUGUUGCUUUUUCACUGCUGUAAUGCAUUUAGGAGGCUGCAGGCAGGAUACCAUUUUUUAAAGCCCCAGAACACCCCCGUACUCAAAGCUGGAAGUCAGCCAUGCGCUGCACUGCCCAUUCUAACCUAGCAAAAGUUUGAGCCAACCAAAUGUACUGACGGGGACAGAACAGGGGGAAACACCUUUCAGAGGCAUGUUAGUCUGUUGCAGGGAAACCAUGAAAGAGUCUUCCAUCUACACGAUGCACUAAUAAUGCAUCAGACCCACUAAAAUGAUAGCUAUGUGUACAUUUAUGUAGCUCUGCACAUGGGAAGAAUGAAACCACCCAUUGCCUAAGCUGCUCCAGCACAACAUGCAAAAGUUGAAGCUUCAACACGUUCCCAGUACUAAACCAGAUCUGAUCCACUUGUCUCUAAAAAUAAGCUAUAACCACUUAGUGAGGCUGUUCUUUGGCUGCUCCAAAGGUGCAGAUUAUUCACCUUCUAUCCGAAGCUGACACAGCAGCACUGAUGGUCCCUAGCUUAAGAGUGGGAUUGCUUCCUGGUACGGAGCUAGGAUGGAUCCGUCCUCAGAUUCUUGGAGCCAAAUGCCAGAUCUUCACCGCUGCCAGAUUGGUGUUUCUUUUGUACAAUAGUGUUUGUUAAAGAGGGAAAGCAAUAUAGAAAUUGUGGUUUGCUUGUUUUUAAAAACUAAACAGCUGCACGUAGACUAAGGCUUUUUAAAGCUCGCUCUUCUGCUCAGUGUUAAAAGAUGUUUCCCAGAUUGAUGUUGCAUGUGUCCUUGUGUAUGUGCUUGCUUGAGGUGCUUCCUGUGCUCUGUAAGAACAAUGUUGACUUUGAAUGUCCAAAAGGAUGCGAGCCCUUGAAUUUCCAGAUGUUGAAGAGGUGCCCCGCCCUUGGGAUUUCCUUCUUCUUGGGUACAAUGGUUGAAUUAGCUGUGUUGCUUGUUCCUUGAAUAAUUAAAUGCCAUGUAUUUUGUUAAAUCCAGUGUUUCAUGUACAAGCUCCACUCCCUUCCUAAAAACCCGUUCUUGAUUUACGUGCUUUUAUUCUGUGGGGAAUUCUUCUGACAUGGUCUAAAAUAAUGUGUACAGAACUGAUCCAGCUGAAACCAGUGGCUAAGUUACCAUACAUCCUCCCCUUCCCAUGAACUUCAGCUACCCCAAGCUCUUCCUGCACCUACCACCAAUGUGUAUGUGUUCCAUAUAGUUCAUUGUCAUUAUAACUCCAAGGAAGCUGCUUUCUUGUUUAUCCAGACUUCUCAUUAUCCAAAUAUUUUGCAUGGCUCCCAGGCCAUCCAGGAAAGAGAGGUCAUGCUGCACAUAUUCAUUUUCCCUCUUUAUUUAAACUUGAAGUAAACAUCUGUACAAACAGAGGACAGACGGGAAUGGGAAAGCAUGUUUGCUGGGUAGAAGACUAAACUAAAAUGGCCCUUUCCCCAUCUCUGGUCUAGCCACUUCUUUUGCUGAACCCCGGCUUUCUCUGGAUUGGCAAAAUAUUUGUUUACCUUUCAGAGAUUUCAGAUGACCUGAAAAUCACAAUUAGCCGCUAUUAUUUCCCAUGAGGAAGUAAUGGUGAAAUACACUCUUCAAUUAUCUUGAUUUUUUUAAAAAAAUAAAGGCUCUCUUGGAAACCAAAGGCAAAUAAUAUGCUCCCUGGUUAUGUAGCUUGGAUAUUCAUUUAAAGGAUCCAGAACCUAAUAGGAGCAUGAGAAGAAACCUGUCUGAUGGGAGCAAAAUCUUUGUUCCUAACAGUGGCCAGCUAGAUGCUUUUAGAAAACCUACAGGCCACAAGCAGGGCACGAAGCCAAAAACAACAGCAACAACAACCCUUCCCCAUUGUAUGCCUUCGGCACCUGCAAGUAGGAAUGUUGGAGAAUUCUGAUGAAAGUGGAUACAGGAAUGUAAAUUGCAGGUAUUCACCUCUUUGUUCAGUGUCCAGAAUGAAAUAAAUCCAGUGAAUACAAAUAGUAUUGCUUUCAGUUAGCAAGCAAUUACAUUUCAUUACGUUUCCUUUGCAUUGAAAUGAGGUGCAUCGUAAUGACAAUGUGAUUGUCAUAAUUUAUGUAAUUAGUUACGUAAGUUACAUAAUUUUGCCAUAGCGGACUGCAAGAUGAAUAAGGUCCUUUUGGGCGAAAGAUGAACUGCAGCGGAAUGGAAACAUUGCUGCUUGCUACAGGGAGGAAUGGAAAAUGCUGCCUUCUUGCAUCCCUAUAUUGAAGUCAUUCACAUAUUGCCCCUGAACAUGAAGAUUCCCUUUAGGCACCACAGAAUUCUGUCCUCCAGGAAUUUCUCAAUUCCCCUUGCACCAGCUCUUGCACACCACAAUCCCUCUCCCUAGGCCACUUUGGUCACCAACCGUGCUUUGCACCCUCCUUAAGUGCUUUGGCCUGGGUGGAAUGUGUCACUGAAUUGUGAUAAUAUCUUGAUUUCUAGGAUGGAGGGGUGUGUGUGUGUGUGUGUGGAAACCUCUUACUUUUGUGUGGCUGGAAUGUAGCCUGCUGUCCAAAGGUAAGAAUCGCAGCUGUAGCUCCACCCUCAUUUUGCCUCUGGCCCCACCCACAACAUGGCAGUUGCCUCCACCCCAGAAGGUUGCUGAUGGGGGAAUGCAGUCCUUGGGUUGACAAAGGUUCUCCACCCCUGGUUUAUUAGAAUAUCAACAGUAAGGUAAAAAAAUGUAAAGGUAAAGGACUCUUGAAUGGUUAAGUCCAGUCAAAGGUGACUAUGGGGUGCAGCGCUCAUCUCGCUUUUCAGGCUGAGGGAACCGGAGUAUGUCCACAAUAACAACAGUAGCAAUCUGCGCAACUGGAGAAGUGUAAACACUAGAGAGCGGGGAGAGGACUGCUUACUUUAAAAGGAAUUAGGAGAGAUGAGGCUGAGGCUUCUGAAUCCAGUAGGCAAUGGAAUAAUCUGUCAAGUGGUGCAGUAGAAGGAUCAUCAUCUGGUGUAUGUAAUUAAACUAAGGGAGAGAAGAAACAAUGCUAGCAAUUAUCUCUCUUCUCAAAAAGAAUCUCGGAGGAAACAGGAGAGCUGAGUUACGUGUCCAAGUAAUCCUAGGAAACUGGAUGAAAGUCCACAGCCUCUGCAUACCAAGAUACUGGAGUGUUAUUGUAGCGGCUCCCUCUGAACUUGAAAGAUGCUGGAAUUAGAUUGAAUUCACUACUUACAAAGCAGUCAAGGAGGCCUGCUGUGAAGUGUGUCAGAAUAAAGAACUGCAUAUGGCAGCUUCAUCUUUCUGAGGGAUGGUUCAGGUGUUAAAUUUUGCUCUCCCUAGCCUUUUUGUUGUUCUUACUACUACUGUGGUCAGACCACGAUCCCACCACAGACCACAGCACUAUGUUUAAUGGAAGCCUUCAGAAAAUGGUCUCAGUUACCUAAAAAUUUUUUUUUAAAUCCUGAAUGCUCACAGAUUCUUGGGGUAACAGACUUUGAGACUCAAAUGGCAUGUUCUGGAGCUCCAGUGAUGGUGGAAGUUGCUGCAGGUGAGCUCCUCCUGACUUCUAUUCAAUCAAGGCAGCUCAGUUAGGUUAAGAAAGCAGCCCAAAGUGACAGGCAAACUGACCUUUGUUUAUUACAGGGUUCUGGGGGUGAAGGAGGGCAAUGAGGAAACGAGACUGGAUCUUUUUCCUUUUCAGCUACAAUCCAUUUGGGUACAAGGGGCUAGUAUGUUUUGUAAAACUGUUUGCAAGGCUACCUCAUUCAUGUGUAGAAGACUUGUGUGGUUGUUGGUUUCCAGCCAAACCAAGGGCAGAUCCAUGUAAAAAAUAUGUUUGCUUGCAUGCUUGUUUCUCCACUCAGCUAUGACCCAGAAUCCACAUGGCACAGCUGCCAACCUUCUGCAUUUCUGUAAUUUCCACCUCUAUUCUGAUCCUAAGUAAACAAAAUAAGAUAGCAAGCUGUGUGUUAAUUGGCCCACGAGACUUAAGAGUCAAGCAAAGUGCCCAGUACAUUAUCUGUUUUGAGGAGUUGGAAUGGUACAUUGCAGAACUUCUAUUUUUAAACGUAUUAAAAAUUCACCUGCUUCCCUUCCCCCAGCCAAUCCUCUUGCUUCCUACAAAUCUGUUGAUAAUGUAAAGCUGUCUAAUGAGCCUGAAUUAGUGUUUUAAUAGGAAAGCCUUUGCUGUGUCUGUUUUCGAAUUCAUUUUAAGAGUGAGAUCUCACUAGAUGGAGGUGUCAGAACUGAAGAAGCACUUGCAGAAUUUGUAUGAGCAGAUCUAGAUAAAAACCUGUGGUGCAACAAGAGAAACACUUUAUACCAAAUGUUCCUCUGAUGAGUGACAGAAGUCUCUCAAUGAUCUGAAUUCUUUCUCCUCUCCCAGCUUGGCUAUUCAGCAUUUUCCCCUUUGGGAAUUAGAGCUACAAUGCAGGAGCUGUAAUUUUGGCUCAGUGAUAUGGCACCAGCCCACCUAUUCAGAUCAGUUUAUCAUCAGUGCUUAUUGCUGCUCUAGUUCUGUUCCUCAAGGGAUAAUUACGGAUUUCAAUAGUCCAGUGCCGCAAACAAUCCUUAUCUGGCAAGAGAUGGGUAGUGGAGGAGGCUAAUAAUUAUUUUUCUAUUUUUAAGAGCAAUGGGCCAUAUUCCUACAAUUUGCAAUCAGUUCUCAUUCAGGCUGUGAGCUGCAUAAGACCCCUGCUGUACCAAAUCAGAUGCCUCUGAGAUAGUCCAGAAAAGGGGUCAAAAAGCCUUUUUGCCACUGUUUCGUCCCAGCAGUGGAGGUGCUUUCAGCUGUUAUGGCUAAUAGCUGUUGAUAUACAAAUCUUCCAUUAAUCUGUCUAAUCUCAUAGAUAGUAGCCAGCCCUGCAUCUUGCUGCAAAUAAUUCUGUGAUUCGGUUUCACAUUCACAUGUCAUACUAAAACCAGGGAUGGAAAACGUUUUUGAGCCCAAGGGCCACAUUCCCUCCUAGGCAACCUUCCAGGGGCCACAUGCCAGCGGUGGGUGGAGCCAUAGGCAAAAGUGGGUGGAGCAACAGAUGAUAAAUUUGCCUUUGUGCAGGAAGGCUAGUUUCUACAAAGCCCCUUCGGUUGUUCUUUUUACCAAGCAAGAAGCACUGUUUCCCAUCCCUCUCUUAAUAAUCUGUAGUAUGAAAUCUGAAUUUUUCACUGCUGCCACAUACACAGUUUCCUCCAAGAUUACCUAAGAGCAUAAGAAAGCAAAGACUUUUCUGGACUUGCAGCCUCUUCUCACAGAUGCCUAUGGGAAGCCCACAGCCAGGACCUGAGCACAACCCACUUGUGAUUCCAAGCAACUGGCAUUCAGAUGCAUGCUGCCUCCAAUAGUGAAAGUAGGACAUAGCCAUCAUGGCUCAUAGCCACUGAUACCCUCCCUGAAUUUGCCCAAACCCCUUUUAAAGGCAUCCACAUCCAGACCCCUUCAAUGCAUAUGUGAAAUUAGAGUUUUUUGCCCCAUCAUGCACCUCUGUACAGUUACUCAUACUGAUGUUUCUGAAUAGUUAUCAGGAGAUCUGUAAUUUUUAAUUUAUCAGUUAUCUUUUAGGGAGCUAUUGAGUUUUUAUAGAAUUGGGUAGGGGAGGAAUGGGUUCAAGAAUUAAAGCACACGGGCUGCCUAUGGAUCAAAAUAGACGCUAUUUUAACUGUAAUGACCAGUGUAGAGGGGGUAAUUUUCAUUGGGACCAAAGAGUGUCAAGAGUGGAGAUUUCAUCCUUUCCUCCCAGUCCUGAUCCCAAUGAAAAUCACCCCAUGCCACAAUUAGCGUGAGAGAAAAAGCUGCCUCCCAUUCGUGCCAAUGGGAAAUGUUCUUCCUAAUACUAAUUGUAGUGUAGGGGGUGAUUUUCAUUUGGACUGGGAAUGAGAAGGAAGAGUUAAAACGCCUCACCCCACAUGCUGUGGUCCGGAUGAAAGUUGACUUAGCCUCACCCUCACUGUGCCAGAUACUGCAUUUAAAACAACAAAACAAAACAGAUGUGACCGCUAGCCAUGCAAUUAAAUUAAUGUCUGUUUUUGGCUCUGAGAUUCCCCAAAGAUGAUUUCUGAAUGUCUGAUGAGGGCAUAAAAUUUCCUUGCUGAAAGGUAAUAGACAAAAUUUGGAAAUGUCAUUUUUUCUCUCUUUCCUCUGCAUCUCUUAUGAUGUUUAACAUCUGCAUUUCCAACCCCCCUGAAGUUAGAUUCUAGCCCUGAAAUUUACAGUAAGAGCUGAUGUGUCUCCUUCUCAGCUUCUGUUGCUCAUGCAUUUCCUCUUUCUCUGCGUUGUGGACCCUUUUCAUCAUUUCCUUAACUGUCAGCCAUUUCCUUCACUCACUCCAGUAUCCAGGUUUGGAUCAAGACAUCUGCUGCCUUUGAAUCAGAAAUGCCUUUUUAGCUGCUCCCAGCACAAUCAACAUCUCUUUUCAAGCUGAAUGCUUUAGACACUGGCAGCGCAUAGUGGGUGCCAAUAAUCUUUGUGUAAUUCCUGGAAAAUUUCUUUCUGCGUGCGUUCAUAUGCAAGGUAUUUGUGUAGUCAUGAUAACUGACAGACAUUCUGGCAGGCUGCCAGUCAAUGAGUCCCUCACUCUGUGCAUCUGUGGGCAGAUGCAUCCCCAAGCUAACAAGGGAGAGCCACUCACAGAAGCACAUUCUGGAGGGCAGCUGAAUCCAGGUCCCCAACACUGAGAACGAACAGAGCUAGCUAUCCAGGCAAGAGUGUGGGGGCAGAUCUGUUUGCAUGCUGCAGCAUUAUUUGGGUCCAGGCCACGGUCAUUUAGCCUUAUGUUUACAUCUUCAUAUGAUUACAGCUAACCAGAAAGAUGUUUUUGCCAUUGGUCAUCCCUGACAAUGCACAAGAGCUCUUUGCACAUCUUUGGCGCCCCCCUUCUCCAUUGAAUUUCAGAUACGAUGCUGCCUCGAGCAUCUUUACAUUAAAGGUGUUGAAUAUUUUUGAUGUAGCAGGUCACUUUUCCUUUCCCCUCCACAGUUGGCCAUGGGCAGAGUGAAGGAGACCGUAUGGUUGUGUCAGACUUCCAUGUGUUUGUCAGAGACAGCUUGCAGCACAUUGACCUCAUGAAGAAAGACCACCCAGGCCUCCCUGUGUUCCUUCUAGGGCACUCCAUGGUAAGCAGUCCUGCUCUAUCCCUCCUUAAUGGACUCUCGGCUUCCUACCAAGGAGCAGAGGACACUUUCCCCCACUCUGGUCUUUUCUGUUUCCCUACCCCUUUUUCUUCGUUUUAUGUUCAUUUUACAUGGAUAAUUGCUAAAAGCAGUAAUUGCACCCAUAGAGUUGCUUGCGAACAGGCAUGACCAUGAGGGAUGGGGGUCACAUUCACACACACGGCACUCCCAACUCUUAUUUCUCUUUGGGCUCCAAAGAGCAAACAGAUCUUCCAGAAAUGUAAGACAAUUGUAAAACACUAGGUGCAUUUGGGAUAUUGUGCUACCCUGUACAUUUUCUCAGCCUCACUAUGGCCCCCAGUCUUUCCCCAACAUUACCAAGCCAAGAACUCUCUCUCUCACUCACACACCACUUUGCAAGUUGAGUUAAGCUGUUUCCCCUCUUACUGUUUUUGGCCAAUACAUUUCUCUACAACUCAAGGACCGUAGUUAGUGUAACAAUGGAGCACCAGUGUGGUGACUAAACAAGCCACUUUGGUGAGCUUUUUUGGUGAGAAGCUGUGAGAGGCAAAGAGAAAGAGAACCCACAUGACUGGCCGCAAUAUGGCCAAGGUUGAGAGACUAAUCAAGCUCAAGGCUGAUGUAGUAAGUAGGGAAGACACAUCUUUUCCAAAGCUAGGUAUGUUUUAUUUCUUGUUACUCCAUUAAUUACUAUUAAUGGUUAAAGGAUGAGGAACUGAAAUAAGCCCAUUGCCUUCUGGGAUGUCCCACUCUAUGCAGAGUUAUGGCUUUCCCAUUCAAUUUCUUCUCAGGCACUCUGAAAUGUUGGGUAGGCACAGAUUCCUUUCUCCACAUAUGGUUUUGAUUAACUGUAAAUCAGAUGGCAGUUAAAGGAGCAGAAACUACCUAGUAGAAGUCUGUUGGUUCCUAGAAGAGCUAGCCUACACUAGGGAAAAGCUAUGGUCAGAGAGAUUCAGCACCAGGAGAAGGCAAGUGGGAAAAACAUGUGACUGUUAAUGUGGCACUUUGAGCCAGAGUUAUGUGUUGUCUUUGUUCACAAACCAUGCAAGCAUGGAAGUUCAUAGUAGACACGUAAUAAUGACCUGGACAUCUCUGUGUUCUUUUCCAAAACAAAGCUAGCUCCCCCAGGUGCUUAGUCCCUGUGAUUGUGGAGAUAAGCUAGAGAUAACCUAAAAAUUGAUAAUGCCUCGAGAAAACUUCAGAAACCAAAGUAAAUGCUGAGCAGGACUACUUGUGAUCUCGGAAUGGGAGCUUCAGCAUAGCUCCCUCUGCCAUUUAACAAAAGAAGCUUGAAUUGUGCAAAAUAAGCGAAUAUAUACAAAUAUGCACAAUUUACUCAUAACUCCAAAUUCUGCUUUCCUUGAUGAAGACUUUUUGUUUCCUUAUUGCAUGAAUGGGAAUAAUGAGUUUUAAAACACAGAAUAUGCACAAUUAUUAUAUGUUCAAUUAUUAUUAUUGUGUAUGUAAGCAAAACAUAAAAAGGAUCAGGAAUGCAAAUACAAAAGGUAGUCUGUUUAAGCCACUUGCCAGACACUUCAGAGGAAUGGUAUGCCAGUAUAGGGCUCUAGAGCAUGCAGUUCAACAACUUUCAUUAUGGGGAUACAUGCCCUGUUAAUCUGCAUCUCCAGUCAUUAAGGGUUGGUAUAUUUACCUGCAGUGUUGCAUUUGCUUGCAAAGCAAACCCAGACUUCUGACCUCUGAGCCAGAUCCCAUGGCAUAAAACUGGCCCUGGCUCUCUCCUUGCUAUGUAAUUGCCUUUGCUUGGCACAGCUAAGCAAGGGCUGGAGGCAGCUAUCAGCGCUGCAGGAGUGCCAGUGUCCACUCCUGCAUCAAUAGUAGGAACGGGAUAGUUAUUCAGUGUGUUGUUCCUUUCUAUAGAGUGGCAACCAGUAGGAUCAGCUCAUUAGUUAAGGCCCCUGGAAGAUCUUCUAAGCCAAUAUGAUGCCCCCUCCUUUUAUCUAGCAUUACUACCAUGCUGUUAGCCAUCCCCAUAUCCCACGGCAUUAUGCUUCAAAGACUUGCCACAUGAAAAGUGCAUUAGCUAUUGUUAAGUUUAAAAAGAAAAUACUGAGUCAGGAUUAGUGGGUGCAGUUUUGCAACCGGGGAAAUCUGAAACAUGAACUCCCCUAGUUCUAAAAGCCUCACUCCCCUUUGAACAGGACCCCUAUUAAUUAAUUCAGUUGAAUUUGCCUUAGGAAACAGAGACGACUACAAAUCCCAUGCUCCCUGGCAGGAAAAUGAAAACUUUGAACAUGCUCAGGACCAUCAUUUUUGGUUCAGUAGGGGCUAGGCAGCCUUCUCCUGUUUCUAGAAAGACUUUUCUUUGUUUGGAAUGGGUAGUAGCAGAAUUUAGCACACACACAAAAAUUAAUUUUAAGUUUCUGAGUGUUCCCAAGGAAAGUUCAAAGCAAAACAAAAAUGAUUUUUGAGACAAGCUGGUUGAGUUCACCCGUUAUUAGUCUGAAUGCGACCUACUUGAAUGAAGAUGUUUGGUUUGAAGCUCAUAGCAUACCUUUAAAGGCAAAUUGACUAUAGCAAUAGUCUGAUUCCUAAAUCCUCAUCAGAAUGAAGUCUUACAUAGUCUUCUUGUCGUUUCUACAUGUAAACAGGAUUAUGACUCUCCAGCUCCAUAGAAUUUCACCAAGGCAAUUAAUUGUUUGUAAUUCCCACUGAGCACUCCCUGCUUAUUGGUGCCUGAGAUAUGCUCUGUCCUGGUUGUACUAAUUUGUGAUCCAAGAUAGCCUUGCCAUUUGAUUAGUUGAAACAAUGUUGUUAAAAGACUGGUCCAAUAUUAGCCAACAAUACUCAAGUAUUUAAAGCCUUAGUUUAGUCUCUAAUUGCAAAAGCCCCUGUCUCCAAGAAGAUUCUAGAGUCCAGUCCUUCACAGGAUUUUUAAAGACCACCAUACUAGGCCUUCCUCCCCACAGCAAAUGUAAAGGACUCUCUUUCUCUGUUGAGCCUAGUUCCUACCGAGGUGUUUGUGACCUGUGCCGCUGUGGUGAAAACUUGCAUAUGUGUGCUUCAUGCUUCUUCCUAAACUUCAUGUUUCAGUUCAGACCUGCUUUUAUUAUUUGUACCCCGCCCACCUGAGUGAGUUGCCCCAGCCACUCUCGGCGGCUAGGAUAACUGGGCAGUAAGAAUAACUAGGCCCAAAUGAUUCAGCCUUAGUUCUCAAAUACCUCAUAUGCAUAAGGGGAAAGUAGGGGUUUUGGCUGAGAGCUGUGCUCUGAAUGCCAAGGUACCUGCAGGCCAUUCACACAUGAAUUUGGCUGCUCUAUGUGAGGCAGCCAGUUAGAGCCCCCUCUCAAGCAAAGGAGCCCUACACACACACACACACACACACACACACGAAUUUAAGAAGUGUUGUGCUGGAUCAAACCAAGGACUUAUCUAGUCCAGCCUCCUGUUCUCACAGUGGCCAACCAGAUGCCUGUGGGAAGCUCACAAGCAGGACAUGAGUGCAGCCCCGCUCCCCCCAUUUGAGCUCUCAAGCAACUGGCAUUCAAAGGCAUGCUGCUUCUGAUACUGAUACCAGAGGUUGUGUACAGCCAUUGUGACCCUGAGCUGUAGCUUCUGGAGGAGGAAAACCCCCCAGAAAGUUUUAAGAAAUGUCUGAAUGUCAGAAAACAGUUAGCUUUGCCUGGGUGCGUGUGUUUAAUAGCUGAGGUUUUACUCAGUGUCUAGCUGCACAACUCUCUUACUCAUUCAGUUUUCUCUUUGUCUUUUGUUGGUAUCCUGGAAUUUUUUUGGCCAGCCUGUUUUUUCUGCCAUCUCCCCUUUUCCAGUUGCAUGGCUCCUUAACUCACCUUGUCUUUCUCGAUAACAUACAACCAUCUCGUGCCCCUUUGAUUGUGUCAGUUCUUCCUCCAUAUUCUUUACCUUUAUAUGCACAUCAGAGGCAUCCUUCCUUUCCAUACCACCAGGACAACCAUACCCUUAUUUCUUGCACCUUGUUGCCCCACCCCAAUUACUGUUUUAAAUUUCAUAGGUGGGAGGGUAGUAAAUAAAGUAGUUUACUGUUCUUAUUUCUCUCUGCUAAACUAUGUAUAACUUGAGAUUUAUAUAUGGAUGAGCUUAAGCUUGAUGUAACUAUCACAGAAUAGCUCCGUGCAGAUUGACAGGAUGCCUUCUUUCAUAUAAUUGUGCCUCUGAGUGUUGGAACCCCCUUUGAAGCACAAAAAUUGCUCUGCUGGGAUUGGCAGGUGAAUCACACCUGUGAUACACACUUGUAUCCAUGUUAUAAAAAUUGAGAUUGCCAGCUUCACAGGCAUUGUGAUCCCAUGUUGGCACUUCAAAAAAAUAGUUGUCAAUUGAACUCAGUGGCAUGUGAGGAUGAAACUCUUAUCUAAAAUUGUUUUUUGUUGUGCGUAGAAGGAAAUUCAAGUUAACUGCUUUGGCUCAAUUGUAGCGCAUCACUAGAGCAAAUCGACAAGAUACCUGGGUACUGUAACAGACCUGGUUACUGUACUUGCCUAUAAAAUACUUAGAAUCCCUCUUUGCUCUAUUGGGAUUAAUAUUCCUGCAUUGCGGGGGGUUGGACUAGAUGACCCUUGGUGUCCCUUCCAGGUCUACAAUCCUAUGACUAUAAUACUCAUUGUAAUUGCCAGUGUUUUCACUCAAAAUAUUGCUUGCUUUUUCAUUUCAGGGAGGAGCCAUCUCCAUCCUCACCGCGUUCGAAAGACCAAAUGACUUUUCAGGCAUGGUAUUAAUUUCUCCUCUAGUAGUUGCAAGCCCAGAUGUAGCAACACCGAUCAAGGUAAAAAUACAGGCAUAAAUUAAUUUCCAACACACUAGCUAAAUGUCAGCUGAGCUUCACACAGUCUCCAGCCAGUAGCUCUUUUUUCCCACCAGUCCUUCCUCUCUGUACAUGUCAAUUUGCACUAAAAAAGAAAAGAAAAGGGGGAAAGGAUUGAUUUAAGGUCCUUACUAAUUUUAAAUGAAUUUCAGAGGAAAAUUCAUGGUCACUAUGAAGACUAUGGAGCGAAAUAUGUGUUGGAAACAUGUGAAUAGUAAAAUCCCAGUGGCUGCCUUUUAAGAAAGCACAUGAGGCAGCAUUGAGAGUGAGAGAUAUGGAGCAGAGAAACCUGCAAAGACCUAACAACUGGCCUUUGCUGUCACUUUACCUUUACAACCCCCCCCCCUCCCCGGUUUUUUCCAUAUUCCAGGUUCAUGUUUACCUUUGUAAAGUCACUAUGAGUGGAAGGACACUUGACAGUUAUAAUUCUGCCUAAUGACAUACAUUUAUGUGAUUAGUGGGCUUGGGAGGCGAAGUUCAACCUGGUUUGCUUUAGCUUCAUAGGUUUAGUCUCAGUAUUACACAACAAGCAAUUUUGAAUUUGCAUUUAAGUGGAUGUUGGGGGGGGGGGAUGCCCUGAGAUUGGAAAAGUAGUCUCCAUCCCUAUAGCCAGUCCCGUCAUCUGUUAAUGGUAAGCAUGGGAGCAUGCAUACAGUUGAUGCUCUACUCAGACUUUAUAAUGGUAAAAUUUAGAUUUUUAGAAUGGGGACAUAUCCUAAUCUUCAUUAUUUAUAUCAGUGGAAUUCAGCUAAGUUUUACUCAGAGAAGAUCUAUUGAAAUGGAUGCCCCUAACUUGGACAUAUUCGUUAGUCUACUCUGAAUAAAACAUAGUUGAAUCCCACCUUAGUCUUGUUAAGAGUGCAUGCAGUGCAUUUAUAUGUACCAUCAUCUAGAUCAGGGUUUCCCAAACUUUGGGUCUCCAGCUGUUUUUGGACCACAACUCCCAUCAUCCUUAGUUAGCAGGACCAGUGCUUGGGGAUGAUGGGAAUUGUAGUCCAAAAACAGCUGAAGACCCAAGUUUGGAAAACCCUGAUGUAGAUGGAUAUGCACAUAAUGAGUUAAAUCUACCAACCACAACUCCUGGCAGAAGACACUGUGCAAGAACCUGCUCAGAUGAGUUCAUUAGCUUUUCCUCAGAUAAUUUAUCUAUCAAGGUACUUGUUACACAAAGCUGUUUAAUUAAAAGCCUGUUGUUUCACUUAGUAUCAUCCCCCAGGAAGCCAGGACAACUCAUCUCCUCAGGCCAGUGCUAGGAACUAAGCCUAGACAAAACACACUAGGCAGAGUAAAAGUAGUAGUGCACAAACAAAGCACAGGGUCACAUUCAUGUCAUAUAUUUAAAGCACUCUUAUACGUCUUUAAUAGUCAUGGCACCCCCCCCCCCCAAAAAAAGAAUACUGGUAACUGUAGUUCAUUAAGGGUGAUAGGAAAUAUAGCUCUGUGAGGGGGUCUCCUAACAUGUAGAAAUAUGUGCAUUAGUGCCAGUGGAAAGGUGAACUUUUCCAAGUGACUUGAAGUUGCAGGACCACAUUUGCAUUUCUGGAGAAUACAUUUAUGUCCUAAAAUCUCUCUCUUGGCCCAUGUGCUAAAUGGAGCUCAUGAAGCUUUGGUACAAAAGGAGUGUUCCAUGGCAAUGGCAUUUGCAAUGCCUGUAAAUGCCUCUGAAAUCCGUGACUGCUUUGAUAUUUGGUACCUUGGAGAAACUCUUCAUUUCAUCCUUUUUAUCUUUGCUCUAAUACAGUAUAAUUUCCCAAUCCAUAGCAACUAUGAUGAAGGAGAAUGAGAGAAUGUUAUGUGACCGGGUGUACUUAAUGGAUUUGUACUCUAGCAAGGUCGCACUUUAUACUUUGCAGGAAGUAUCUCUGGAUACAGUAUUUGACAUUCAAAGAGACUAUAAAACAAAGGCCCAGCUAUUUGUUUUCUUGGUUGUCAACAUUUCCAAGCAAUCACCACUUAAUUAGAAGGUAAUUUUCAAAAGAUCAGAGGAGAAUUUUAAAUAUUGGGCUUGAUUGCAAAAUGCUUUUAGUGGGAGAAAGAAAUACAUUUUCCUUCUCUUCUGUGGGCAUUUGUAUGCUCCGGAAGUUCAGACCUUUUGCAUUUAACUCCCAGAGGGCAGGUAUGCAAUAGAUUUCCUUAGUCAAUGCCUGCACAUUUGUUCUUGUUUAUUUGUGUCCCCCUAGAGAAUGUGCUUCGCAGAAAGAGUUGCAGCCUAGGCAAAUACUGGGUGGAUUGCACAGGCGACAAUUUGCAUUGUAACAGACUGAAAUUAGAAGUAAAUGGUGAUGAGACAAAAUUGGACUGCAUUGAAAAGUGAAACGCUGCCUCAGUAUUAGCUUCUUCAGCAAGGACACUCUCCCUGCUUAUUUUGGUGCCAGGAAGAAAUGCAGGAGUCCUGAAGCGGGACAAAGAUGUGUUGAGGAACACUGCCUGUUGCAUCAUGCUUGUCCUUGUAAAUGGCCGUGGGAACUUUUCCUGCCUUUUCAGUAUAUUUGUACUAGAGCUGUUAGUUGGCACUUAAGACCGGAUCCUCAGCUGGAAUAUAACAUUGAUGUGGUGGUACAGCAACAGAGAACCUCAAACCAUUUCUGCCACCUGCCGAUCUGGCUCCUGCAAUUCUCUUCUUUGCUGUCCAAGUUACUAACUACAUUCAUCUCCCUCAGGUUUUUGCAGCUAAAAUACUUAACUUAGUUCUGCCAAACUUGUCCCUGGGAUCUAUCGACCCAAACGUCAUUUCCCGGAAUAAGAAAGAGGUGAGAAUUUUAUUGCUCUUGCAAAUCAUUGCGGUGUCUGUUCUUGUUUCCCAGUCUUGUCCAUUUGUUCUUGCCUCAGCAGUUUGACUGAACUACAAGGGCCAAGUUGCAUCUUGGUGCAAACUGAUGAAAUGCCCUUGGAAAAGGGAUGGGACCUUGUCUGUAUAGACAAUGAGAGAAUUUCAAACGGCACUUAGGAGGAGAAAAUUUAAUCCAGCCUGAAAUGACUUAAUCCUCAUAUGUUUUGCAUCAGUAUUGUGAAGCAGGGAAAAUUCAUUCUGUCAUUCUGUGUCCCUGUUCUUCAUCUUAAUAUGGAAGCAAAUGGGUUGACUUCAUAGUUGCCAUGAUGCACCAGUGGUGGAGGCUGCCCAGUAGUCAACCUUGCAUUUUGCAGUAGCUCUGUAGAAAAGCACCUCCGUGCUGCUUACAGACAUUUCCUGAAGCACAGGAUGCAAACCUGCAUCUGUAGCUGCUAGUAAAACCAGAGAUGUCCACAGCAGCUUUAGCAUCAAAACAGUAACAAAUAAAAAUGUUCUUUAAAGGAGAACACAGUCGUGGGCAUACAGGGAGGGGGGAAUGAAUGUAAGCAGAGCCUGACAAAGGAUUGCUAGAUGGGGUUGUAGUUCAUAGUAAAGAUCAACUGAACUGACGGGAAAUGGCACUCUGGGAUUUUGAAAAAAGCAGGAGACUAUAGCAUGUUAGUGAACACACAUUCCUACCAGCUCAGAUUUCUCUCAGAUGCACUGUAAAUAUACUGAAUGCUGCUAACUCGCUAGGUAAGCUGCAUUGCAAUGAUUAAUACAUGCUGAUGGAGCUCUCACCCUGGAAAUGCUAAGAAGGUGUCUGACAGCAAAGUGCCAACAAGAUGCCAGCAAUGCAGCAAGGUUAAAAUGCUUCUUAGCACAUCCAGCCUGUUGUAGUCAACAUAGUCAACAACACUUGUACUUAACAGAGAGGUCCACACAUAGCAGCUUAAGGGAGGAUUGGGUGUAUGUGGCUAAGUAAUUGAGCUCAUGCUCUGCAUUUAGGGUUUCAGAUUCGGUCUUUGGUAUCUUUCAUUGAAGAGUCCAUGAGCCAGACUGCAUGCUAAAUUUCCUGUGUUUCUGGGCUGUUUUACAGGGAUGUUUUAACUUAAAUUGCUGGCACAGGGGCUUCAACAUACCUGUAGCUUGCAUAGUAAAAAAAACAUUAAAAUGCUCUUAUUGAAAUGUAUGGGAUGGUCCGUGUCCCUCCCCCUCCCCCCCCCCCGCAAAUUACAGACACACAGGGGCAAUAAUCCAGAUCAGAACCACAGCAGGUGGCAAAGGGUUAAAGCCUUCCAAAUCCCCAUGCUAGGGUCCCAGCGACUGGUGUAGAAAACAAAUCAAAUACUUAAAGGCACAACUACAUAUUGAGUGUAACUUGUAGUUUGCCCUUCUGAUAACAGAUCUGGCUAGGAAAGAUCCCUGCCUGAGAGAGCCUGGAGAGCUAUUAUCAGUCAGGCUAGACAAUAUUUACUAGGAAGAAACAAUGGGCCAUCUCUCCGGAAGGCCACUUUUGGCAAGUUUUCAUGGAAGUCAUCCAAUCCUUAUAGUCCACAUGUGCAAUGUAUUGGACCUGUACUAGCAGUAGCAGCUCGCAUGGAGUGGUGGUGUUGUGUAGCCACCCUCCCAACACUGGCACAGCAUACCUGGACAGUGCUGGGGCAGGGAAGGGCAAUGGUGUGGGUAGGACUGUGCAGAUGUUGGAUUGGCUCCACCAAUAAGGCCAUGCAGUCCUGCCCCAGCACGGCCCAGUUAACCUGUAGCAACACUGGUGUUGGCCAGGCAACUCUGUGAUGCUGUUCCACUGCACUGACCACUACUGCUUAACAAAUGGCUUUCGAACCAGGAACACCUCUUUGAUGUGUCGUCAUACAUAACAAAUACUUAGCAAUUUGGAAAUAUUGUCUAGUCUGCUGAGAUUAGAUUUCUUCUGAAACAUUACCUAUAAAAGUUUGGACAGUUUCUCUCUCUCUCUCUCUCUCUCUCUCUCACACACACACACACACACACACACACACACACACAGCGGUCCCCAGUUUCUUAGUUCCACCUACACUCAGAAUCUUCAAAACACGAAUUUAGAAUCUGCUGGGAACAGCAUGGGAAUUUGUCUGAUAUGCACAUGAGACUGUAUCAGAUUAAAAGCCCAUCCAGGCCUUUCUAGGGCCUCUUUCUGCACAAGUGUGCUCAAGACACACCUCCCAACACCUGUAAGGUGUGUGUAUUAAGACCCACCCUAUUAUUGUGACUAUAGUUUGUUUUAAAACGUUUUUAAUGCUGUAUUUUCAGUUGAUGUAACUCAACUUGGGAACUUAUGGUGAAGGGCAGAUGAUAAAUUGAAAUAGUAGUAGCAGUAGCAAUAACAGAGCCCAGCGAUGCAAAAAUGCCCAAGGUGAGUCAAAGCUGAUCUCUGACUCCAAAGUUUGUCCAUCUCUGCUAUGUGCACCAGAACUUCCAAGCAAUUUGAAAACAUUGCCAUGUCUUCUGACAUUGGGUUACUUCUGAAAAAUGACCUAUCUGUAGAUUGACAGAAAUAAAUCCCCAGCAUUUUAGUGUCACCCACACUCAAAACCUGCAGAAUACAAGUUUAGAUUGUACUGGGAACAGCCACUAUUUACAUGCUGCACGUAUUCAUCUGCCAGACCAAUUUCUAGUCUCUAUAAAUAUCAUUGGGAUGUCCUCCAAGAAUUUCCUGACUUGUUUGUGUUCAUAGCAGUUUGGUUUUGCAAACCAGGAACUGAAAUGUAAAUGGUGGAUUUGAGACAUUUUGAUCAAAAAAAAAAUUCUUGCUUGUUAAAUCUGAUGCAAAACUCCAGAUGUGUUGGGGUGCAAUUUCAAAAGAAAGCAAGGCUGUCACCUAAAAUGUGUUUGAUGCAAAGGCUGUGUUGCUAUAGGUUUAUACUUGUCGGGGGUGGGAGGCUUGCCUGCCUUAAAAACCAAUAGCCCCUGAUUCUGGUUGAACAAUCCCUAUUGGUCUCAUAUUAUGAUGUGCAUCUCCAUCUGCAUUAAGAUACAUCCAGCUGGUUCAGUGGACCUGAGUGAUCAUCACCAAGCAGAUGGGAAUCCAGAAUCCAACCUUCUCCCACAUAACAGUCUUCCCCUCCCAAUCUCUGAAAAGGUCAUUAAACCAAAUUUUAGGGCUGAAGAACUGUAUCAGGAAAGGAUCAGGAUAUUAGGAGGAAUUCAACAUAGCGCUAAGGAGAUCACUCUGUUGGUGCAAGCAUUUGUGCUUACCUGAUGAAGAAAGCGCUCCCCCUGCACCCUGUUCUGGGGGUUCCCCUGACCGCCACCCCCGAGAUGGGGGAAGCCCCGUUUCACUAGCAGUAAGUAGUCCUUCUCUGUGGUUUCACUAACAGGACUGGUUAGAUGAACCCAGGCAAUAGUUUCUGUGCUGGAAACUUGGGAGGAGGUUGCAAGCAUCAUGAUUCCUCAGUAUCAAAGCAACUCUCAAUGUUCCAGUGAUGUCUGUUGUGUUUUCUUCUUGGUUUUGCUUUACUGUACUUACUUAACCGCAUUUCUACCAUAGUUUUGGUUUUUUUAUUUCUUUUCAUUUAUAUCCUGCCCUGCCUCCCAAAGGAGCCCAGGGAGGCAAGCACAUCCACAGUUGUUGUUUUUUUUAAAAAAGAAGCAUCCUAAAACAGUUAAAAACGGUUUCGAUUAAAAAGACAGUUGUGGUUAAAACCUUUAUUUCUUCCAGUGACCUCAGGGUUGCUAGGGACAGUAUUUUCCAGUCACUGAAUGCCUGGAUAAACAGGAACGUUUUCAAAUAAGUGCAUGUUUAUUUAUCUUACCACUUACAUCAAAGAUUAAUUUAGUGAUAACAUGUUGUGGGAUUGCCACUGAUUACAUGCUAGAAAGGGCACAUUCUUUUCCCUGAAUCACAGAGCAAAUUCAAGAGCCAGCAGCAUAUUACUACUGCUGCUAUUGCGUCAUUUUAUAGCUGCAUUUUUUUUAAAAAAAAAGCAUGAGGUUUUCAUAAAAUUAGUAUAAUUUACUAUAUGUUUUAGGAACUUGUUUGUUCAUUAUGCAUUUGAAAAUGUGUUUGGAAAUAGGAUAUUAUAUCCAAAUUUUGCAUGAUGGCUCCUGAUAGCGAGCAACAAGUUUUUGUCUAUGGUUGGAUACAGUUGGUCACCAUUUUGACUCAUGAUGCCAUUCCAGGGCUUGUGGUUUCUUGCUCCUGUCAAGGCACUGCCAGGAGUGAGGGAGGAGUAAAAUGGGGGGGGGGGUUGAGCAGCCUAUUGUAGCAUACAGCUUGUUUGUGUUAAACAACAGCUAAACGUUAAGUAUGGUUUUAUUUAGUGGAUGGGUGAAUUAUUACAUUUGUAUCCCACCAUUUCUUUAAGGAGCUCAAGGUGGUAUACAUAGUUCUGCCCCUCCCAUUUUAUCCUCACAACAACCCUGUGAGGUAGGUUAGAAGAUGUGACCGUGAUUGGCCCAAGGUCACCCAGGGAGCUUCACAGCCGCCGAGUGGGGAUUUCAACCAGGUCUGACACUUUAAGCACUACACCACACUGGUUUAAGGUCAUGUGUGAACCACACCUUUGACUCCAUCCUGUUACUAACAUUAGAAGGAAAACACAGGCAACACAAGCGUUUAAGGGAAACUUACAGGCAUUGAGGAGCAUCCAUUUUGAGAUGAAUCAUCUGUGCCCAUUCUUCCUCUCUAUAUGCCCCAUUCUACGUGGUCACAUCAGCUGCCCUGGUCACUAAAAUCCCAGCAAAAGUUGUUUAGUUUUUUAAAAAAAAACUCUCUCCUGAAUUAGGAUUAAAAAAUAAAAAAAUCAGCAUAUAACAAGGCUAGGAACAAGAAACAAAGAAAACCCCAUUAGGCUAUUUCCUGGCAUUUGUGGCUUUGCAUAUGAGGGUGGCGAAGGUGGUACGUCAUAUGAAUUUAUCUACAUUAUUUUAUUCUGCGGGAAGAGGACGUCUGUCACUCCGCCCACCCACUCCUUUGUGAUUUUUCUUCCCCCAAGAAUUCUUUUAUCUGUUGUUCGUUGGGGAAGCAGCUUGAGGCUGGGCUGCCUGCACGUGGUGCUGUGUCACAGCACCAAACAAACAACUUGGCAGCUUUUAGUCUGCAGCCAGUUGCUAAGUAGCCGGAGCAACCCAGCACUUUUGUUUAAAUUGGAGGAGAAAAGUCAAAUUGGCCCGGGUGAAAAUGUCAGAGCACACCCAGGUGCUGAGAAAGGGAGUUGGCAAAAUUGCAUGCACUCGCCUCAGUUGUUCCGUUAGCCAUCUCUUUUUUCUUCUUCUUCUUCCCUGAAAGCACAUUAAACAGGAAACCAGACCUUUCUAAAGCAAGGUUUCUCCUGAGCAGAAAUGGGAGGAGGACAGUGAAGAAGCAGGGUUUAGGGGUCAGCAAACUUUUUCAACAGGGGGCCAGUCCACUGUCCCUCAGAACUUGUGGGGGGCCGGGGGGGGAAAUGAAUGAAUUCCUAUGCCCCACAAAUAACCCAGAUAUGCAUUUUAAAUAAAAGGACACAUUCUACUCAUGUAAAAACAUGCUGAUUCCCGGACCAUCCGCAAACCAGAUUUAGAAGGCGAUUGGACUGGAUCCAACCCCGGGCCUUAAUUUGCCUACUCAUGGUUUAGAUAAAGGCAAGGGAAGAAAUGCCUUGAUUCAUACUUGGCUACUUAUUUAGAGUGGACUGUUUGCAACCAAGUUAUCCCAUUGGUGCAGGGACUUAGGGACUUCCACCUGUACAGAAGGAUUUCCUUUCCCUCUUCUCUUCCCCCAUCCAGGCAAACAAAAUCUGUUCUAGGUUUCCCCACAACCUUCCCACGUACCCCUUAGGCACAGGGACACAACCCAGCAUUUCUAAGAAAAACAUAUUUCUGAAGGAGAAAUAGAGGCACAGGUUGACUGUGCCCCACAUUUCCCCAACAACACUUUUGCACCCAAGCUGUGUUUCAGUAUUUGACUAGAAAGCAUAUCUGCCUUCAAAAAAAUCAAAGCAACCGCCCCAAACCAACAAGAAACUGAACUUCUGGCACAUGCAGCAUCUCCCAUGAGUAUUGAGCAAAGUCCAUUUCAGAAAAACCAUGAUAUCUGCUGUCCAUACUUACUCUUUACACAGCUGCGGAGAUAAGCACUGCCAGGCAGUUUCCAGUGGCCUGAACCCUCAGGAGGGCGCACCACGUACCCCACAUGCUGGCUCCAGCCACCCUGCUCCUCUCAUUGCUGGUCCACUGGUUUUCCUUUGUCCAGUGCUUAAGCCCAGGUGGCUGUGGUUGGCAGCCGCCAUUUUAAUUACCCCACAAUGCUUUUGGGGCCCCAAGACUGCGCUGCUUUAAAGCAAUAGUACAUAGAGCUCCAGAAGCAUUGUGGGGGGAUUAAAACAAUAGAUGGUAGCAUUUGCUGGCUAAAUUGGCUUUUAUUUUUUGCUGCUGCUGUGCCUGCCUUCUAUUGUCCAGGGAAGAGAAGGGCCCCCUGCUGUGCCAAGGGCCACUACAGGGAGUGGGGGCAGCAGGAGCCCCACCAGACUCAGUGGUGGCCCUCUUCUCCCCCCUCUACUGUAAUGAGAUGGAAUGGCUGCUACCAACUGAGGGAAGAAGGAGUUAAUCUCACAGCAGAGUCCAUGGAAUUCUGUGAUGAGUCAAAAGAGAAAGGAGGUUGAUGCUCUCUUAUUGUUAAUAUAAUUGAUGUAUCACUAUGUCCUGCUUAAUUUUGAAAUAUUUUGGCAUUGAGAUGCUUAUUGAUACUUUUGUUGAUUUUUCAAAAAACGAAUUGUAUUGUUUUUGUUGCUGUAUAUUAUGACCUGCUUUGAACAUGGUUUUCUGUAGAAGGCAGCAUAUAAAUUAAAACCUCUCAUGUGACCGCAGUCAAAACUGAGAACCUUUGUGGAGGCUUCACCACAUGAGAAGAGGGUGUCUGUCCAUUAAAAUGUGCUCCCUUUAAAGCAAGUAUCCGUUGAGGAGUUGGUUAAGCCAUAAAAUGUUCAUUAAAUGUCCCUUUUAUUUCAACAGGUUGACUCUUACACCACAGACCCGCUGAUUUACCAUGGUGGCAUGAAAGUCUCCUUCGUCAUCCAGUUGUUGAAUGCCAUUGCCAAAAUAGAGCGUGCGCUCCCCAAACUGACUCUUCCUCUGCUGGUGCUCCAUGGUUCACCUGACAAACUCUGCGAUAUCAAAGGCUCUUAUUUGCUGAUGGAUACGGCACCAAGCCAGGAUAAAACUCUCAAGGUUAUCUUGGCUUUUUUUGUAGAAUUAAGGGAUCGGUGUUUACUGCUUGGCAGUUCGAUUGGGCUCCUUUCCGACUGAUGUAAGGCACUGUAGAGGAAAACCUCACCUGGGGGAGAGGCCUGUGACAACUUCUCUAUCUUCCACAGGGUGAAAUGAGUUAAAUUCUGGGGCAAUACUUAAGUAGGCCUAAGCACAUUUAUUUGGAAAUAAAUACCACUGGACGGCACCCAGCUAAUUUAGAGUAGACCUGCUAAAAUUAAUGAACCCAGUUAGCCGUGUCCAUUAAUUUCACUGGGUCUAUUCUGAGUAGGGUGAACAUUCUAUUGAUUUCAGCCAAAACACAAGGAAGUUAACAUGAAGAGGCAGCAAUUAGUACAACAGGCUAGCCAGCUCUCCCUUGAUGCUGUUAGUAAUGGGAAGCAUGUGCAGAAAAACAAAAACGGGGAGUGCAAUACCUACUAGGAUUUCACAAGCAUAAAAUAUUUAAAUUACACUUAAUUUUUAUUCAUUCGAUGUUUGAGUGAACAUCUGCUCUAGCAAUAGGAGAGUAAACAAAAAAGAGGGAUAGAAUGUAUUUUUAUCAGGUGUUGAUGAGCAGCUUGAAACAAGCUGCCUUUCGAGCCAUUUUGAAGUAUUUAUGAAGAAUUACAGUGCAUGCAGUGUAGUUUUGUACAAAAGGGAUGGUGCAUGCUGAAAUUCGGCACCUGCUUUCAGUCCAUGGUUACAAACAGUAGUUAAGAUCAGUUGAACAAGGGAGAGAUGUGGGGCUUCUUUUUCAAUCUCUGUUUGGUUUUGUGACGCUAGCAUUACCACUCUGUGUGCAACAGAGCAUUAGGAGAAAGAUGACUUGUUAGUACAUGUUAAAGUGCUAGUCUAAAGUGCAGUUCUAUUUUAGCAGGCCACAGUUGCUUGCAGGAUGUGAAGGGUGUUAUUGUAAGCUUGUGGAGUUCAUUCAUAUACUACACAGUGUCUGUUGUGCAAUCCUAACCCCCACCCUUGCAGUUGAUGGUGGCGAGAGCAGGGGUUUAGGAUGGCACAUAGUGUCCUCUUCUCUGGACCUCCACUGGCAGAGAGGAGUUGUGGGUGCCAGUGGUGGUGGGUAAACCUUUGCCCUGGCAGACAGGAAGCUACCACUGUCAGUAGGCAGCAGAAAGCCCCCAAAUGGGUCGUUUUGAUGCAUGGUGCCAACAUCUUUGGAUGCAUUGGGUCGUAUUCAACUAGGUUUUACUCAAAGAAGAUCUGUUGAAAUUGAUGGGUCUGCAUAGCUAUGGCUUUGUGCCUUUAACCGUGCUUGUUCCUUCUCUUUGCAGGUGUAUGACGAGGCUUACCAUGCCCUCCACAAAGAGCUUCCUGAGGUGACUGCAUCUGUCCUUAAGGAAAUACAGUCAUGGAUUAGUCAGAAACUCUCAGCAGCUGAAGAAGCCCGUCACUCUUAAAGAAAAGCUGGCUUGAGACCUUCUUAAAUGGUUGUGGGGCUAUUCCGGGAAGAUAUUUUUUCCUUUUCUGUUUUUUACAACCUCUUUUCGGGGGCAAAAAUGUUUCUCUUAAAGGGACUCCUGAAACACGUUAUUUUUAAACAGACAUUUCCUGUGGCGUUGUGGGGAGGGGGGUUGCCACGCAGCCGUUUAAAGGGCGCUUCCUUCCCAGGAGAAAGAGCUAUGGGAAUGUUGUAUCAGUACAGACUUCCCGGCUGGGGGUGCUGCUUUAAGGGACUUCCUUGAAUCCCCCCUCAAAGCCCACAACACUCUCUAAACAUGUUCUUUGUUGUCCAGGGAGUUCCUGAGGUGCUGAGGUAUUUUUUUUCCAUUUUUUUAAUAUUGCAAUAAUCUUCGGAAUGUUUUAAAAAAUAAUUGGCAUCUUCCAUGUCAUUCAGUUUCUACUCUUGCCAGGUGACAAUUCCUCCCUCCUCUACUUCCAAGGCUACAAAACAGGCCCGAAGGGAAACGUCGUUUAUCAGAUGGAGAUGGAGCUAGGAAGGAAGUUAGGCUGCUGGCGGAGUCUCUUCCUGUGUGAAUUCAGGCCAUGACUGUGCUUAGAUUUAGGGCCAGGCCAGGCCGAAAGGGCCUCUCAGCCCUCAGGGCUUUGAGAACAAGGAGGAGUCCAGCAGACCACAGGAACAGCGCAAGCAGCACUCUUAGAUGUAGCGCUGUUUAGUGAUCAGCCCCCAAAAUGACGCCACUGAGGAACAGGACUAACAUAGAAGUCUACAAGUCUUAAGGCGUAGACUCUUAAGCACACAAAAGAGAUGCUGAUGAUGUUACUUCUGCUUCCAGAAACCAAAUCCUUCUUCUGUGCAAGAACUGUAAUCUGUAAAUAUGCGUAGGGGCUGCUUUUCUUGUUAUUUGUGUUAACUGAUAACUUAAGAUGUAAAGUCAAAAGUUAUAUUUAAAGAAAAAUAUUAAAUAUAAUAUAUAAUGUCUCUAUAGGUCAUUCAGAGGUAUCUAAAGGAGGAGGAACAGAGUAUAGAAUGAAGGCAGGGGAUGUCACUUCUGCAACGUGUGUCCCUUUAGGGGAUUUCCAGGCGGCACAAGUUGAACUCUGCCAUAUGAAUGCAAUUGCCACUUGAAAACCAGGGAGUAGCCACCCGUUGCUUUUCCACAGUUCUCACACUCCUAUUCCUCCUUUUAAUUAGGAUGGACCAGACAUAAACAACUUGCCUUUGGGGUAGGGUAGUGUUUGUCUCCCUAUUCUUUUAUUCUAUCCAUGGUUGGAAGGAAAUAAGGGGAAGGAGUGAAAGAAAGAAGCCAAAGUAAUGGAAGAGUCAGGGACAGGAGGCGAUUGUAAAAGUUACUGGAUUCUCAGAGGUACGUGGGGGCCCUCGAAGCUUGACUAGCAGAGUACUAGGGCUAGCAUUUUUUGGCAAUACUUACUUGAGGAGGGGAAAAUGGGCAGUGCUAAGAAUUGAAAAGAGCCACCUGUUGGGUGAAAGUGCUUGUUGCAUAUGAGGAAGAUAUUGAGGAGGGGUGAGGAAAUGGAUAAAAUGGGCUGUUUAUGGUACGCAUCUCUGAGGGAGGGGAUUUGAGAGCAAGAUAGUUAAUGUGGAAUCUCUUAAUCGCAACAACUUUGGGGUAUUAGCUUUUACUAAGACUAGCUCCUUGGCCAGCCCAGACACAUCUGCACCAGGAAAAUUUGGAGGAGCAGCCCAUGGCUAGUCAAAAACAUGCCACCUAGCUAUGAAACAGUGCUUUCAGGCAGCCCAAAAUUGCCAUGUUUGUUGAAAGUCUAUGUAAAAGUGCCCCCCUCCACCCUAACCAAUGUGAGGAUUAUGAGGUGCCUGCCAACUUUGCUUUGCAGCAGAAUUCUUCUAUUUACUACUAUUUCCCCCUCUAGAAUAACCCAGUUAGCACUGCUGAGCUAGUCUCCUGUUAAAGUGACUUGGAAAGAGAAUCAGUUUAAAAGUUUUCCAUUGGGUGCCUACCAUGAUCUUUCUACAAGAGUGCCAGUCCUGCUUUUUCCAUGCAUUUCUGCUCUAGAGGUGUAUGGAUAGUGGAUAGGACUUUAUAUAAUAGAUGCCCAGCAGGAGUUUGAACUCUUUUCACCUGCUGGUCUUUCAGCUUUGCACUGGGGGCGAACAACACAGCAUUCCCCACUGUUGAGAUUUUUCAGCUGGACCAGUAGUCUGUAUUGCAAAACCACCCAGAUUAUGACAGUUUCACUUCCCACCUCCAAAGCCAGUUCCUUUUGGGAACUGUGAAAGAGAACUUUGUGUAAUAACAAACAGCCCCCGAAUCUAACUUUAAUUAGCUCUGAUCUGUUCUCUAAUAAGGGUGUGAGUGGCAGAAGCUUAACACAUCACAAGACCUCAGCAAGAGAAGCACUGUAGGAGUAACAGUCGCCUGGUUUGCACAGACUUUUGCAACUCCUAGCGGUUCAUCCAGAUUUUUUAAAAAGGCCCCUUUUGUUAUAGAAUUAAUUGUGACCAUUUCAGGGUGCUUAAAAUUUCCUUUGACAGACCCCGGAUUAAUUAUUGGUUGCAGAUUUUAUCAGUCAUUUCACAUCACAGAGGACUUGCCCUACCAUAAGAGCUCAGCCGACUGAACCGGUGCAGCUGUAGUUGUGGCCUGUGGGUUACUAAAAUGGAGACUGGGCUAUGGGAGAACAGCGUGCUUGCCGUUGCAUAUGGGUGGUGGGAAUUAUUUCGGCGGCAAAAGCCCAGUGAAUUAGAUACACUAUUGUUCUUCUGGCUUCAUAAUAGGCUUCUUUUCCUGUUCCACGAGCUGAAGGAACAGGCAACAUUGCAAGGGUGGUGACUAGCUAAGGAUUAAUGCCCUUGCAUUUAUAAGCCUUAAAAAAAUAAUCAGGUAAGCUGCAUGGAUAAGCAGCAGUUGGCACAGAAAUAGAAGCACUCAAAAUGCAUAUUGCACAUUAAAACGGCAAUCAAGGUGGAGAGUAUUCCAAAGAUGUGCAUGUUAGCUUAAUUCUUCACCUAUUCAGAUCAACUGGGAGUUUAGCCACAGUGUGAGAAAUCUAGGUCAGUGCUGGCUGCCUUGGAGGAGAAGUGCUUUUUCGCAUUUAACUCCUACACACAUGAGCACUGCUGUGCUGGCCUCUAUUGUAUACAUGCCCAAAAGAGGUUCUAAGUUCAGUGCCUUUGAAUAAAUUUGUCCAGAGAAAGCCUGCUGUAACUCCUGAGCUUUGAAGCAAUAGAUAAAGAAGAGUUAGAACAGACUUCCCCAGCCUGGUGCCCUCCAGAUGUUUUGAACUAUAGUCCCCAUCCCCCUGACCAUUGCCAGUGGUGGCUGGGACUGGCAGGAGUAGCUGUGAUCUUCAGGAUCACAGGUUGGAGACAAAUGGAUUGGAAACUAUAUUUAUUCAACUGUCAAAGUCAUGCAUAGGUUUGAAAAACCAGACACUUACUUAAUGGGAAAGCAAUAGCUACUGUUAUUGGGAAAGUGAUAGCUACUGUUCGUUCAUUUUGCUAAGGACUAUGCAUUUGGGGAAAUGCAGCCCAGAGAGUAAGUUAGGGAGGUUAUGUUCCUUUAAGAGCAAAUAGAAGCUGGCCACCUUCACAUAGGCCUAUUGCGCUUCCGUCUGCCAUGGAGCUUUUAAAAGAAUAGAACUAACUGCUUAAGUAUUGCUUUCCAAAAGGGGGAGGGGCAAUUUAAAUAAUACUCAUUUGCUAGAUGUUGGGGAAUUCGAAAAAAGACUUCUAUUCCUGCUGGGAUAGAAUAAACAACAGUUUGUAAACUGAAUUGUGCUGGAUCAACACCAGUGAAGGCUCUAAAACAAAAAAUCAUUUCUGCUGUAGUUAAACCUGUCAAGUCUAAGCUUGCUCAUGCUGGGAAGUUGGACUUCUGCAGUGUUCUAAAGAAAGCAACUUGGUGAGCAACCACAGCUGGCAGCCAGGGGCAGUGUCUGGGUUGUUGCAGGAAAACAAGGGCAGAGCCACAGGCUGCAUUAUGGCCAUAGCUGUGGCCUCUUGCACCUGCCCUGAGAAAAAAGAGAGAGAUUGUAGUGGUGAUCUUCAGGAGCCUGCCUUGCUAAUCAACAUUAAACCAACUGAAGCUCCUUGGGGCUGCCCUACCUCAGGCCUGCACAACUUGUGACGCACCAAACUGACUACAACCUCGCCUGUAGCCUGCAAAGUCUUCUGCUUUUACAAUCCUAGACAUGCAUCAGAAGUGGGAGUCUUACAGAGUCUCAGAUAUUGGUGAGUGAGCUGUUAUUCAGCUUGGCAGGUGACAAAUUGCACAGGCCUGCCCUACCUUAAAAUCACAAACUAGAGUUCACCAGAAGCAUCUACAAUUGUUUGAUGCAUGCAGUUUCUGGAGAGCAAAGUUCUCCAGAACUUGUAUCAGCUUCCAGACUGCUGUGCUGGGGACCAACGGAGUUUCCCCCUCUUUGAGAACUUAGUUCCUUUAUGACAGAGCAAUAGUUGUGUGUAACUAAUGUAUAUAACCGCCAUCAUAUGCACCGGACAUGGCAUGACAACCAGCCUUCCCAUAACAUGUCUGGCACAACGUUUUAUAAUGAGCCUGCUCUUUUUAUAUCAGUCACCUUACCACUUUGAUGACAUUAUCUUACCAAGAUAACUUAUUUUUCCAAGUAAUUCCUGUGCCACUGUUUCUGCUCGUUUCAUUUGUGCUCCAACUCACACAGUACUAGACACUCAACAUACAUACACACUUGAAAUGCCUGUAUUUACAGCGAGGAGAAUGUGUACAACUUAGAUUCUUUUGAGAGAAAAAGAAAAAUAAUAUGUAUAUGAACACUAAUAAUAAAGAUAUGUUUUUUUGAGUAUGGCAUGAUUGAGAGCAUUUGUACCUACCCAAUUAUAUCAAGAGCUGCCAAGGUGUUUGGUUGUUGCUCUUUUGUAAACAACAACAGUGCUUUUGCCCAGUUAAUAUUUGAUAAAUAGACCAGGGAUCUCGUUAACCAAAGGGGAGUAAUUCAGGGACAUUCUGCAAAUGAUAAUUCAAGUCUUUACCACACUAAAGACUGGGGCCUUUGGGAAUGCAAACCCAGGUUAGAACAGGAUUUAGUAGCACGUGCUCAUUCUCUUUGUUGAUGGCACUGGAUUGUGUCCGCGAGGGCUUUUUGUCUUCCCAGCAAUUUAGAGCCAUUUUGAAGUGCAGGCUGGGAACACCACAUGGGUGAAGACUAUAGUGUACACUUUCACAUGGUUGAAAAGAAAGAGCAUGGGCACAAAGAAUAAAUGCUAAAAUGCCAUUGAUUGCUCAUAUAAAUGUUUACUCAUUUCCCCCUUGUGGGCUUCCCACAGGCAUCUGAUUGGCCACUGUGAGAACAGAAUGCUGGAGUAGAUGGGCCAGCAGACUCCUCUAAGCUUAUUAGAGCUCCCAUGUCUCCAAUAUGGCACCUUCAUUGAGUAUACCACUCCUUCACUUUGCACCAUCACUUCACCCUCUGUCCAGCUUCUGAAAUGCACGUACACUUCCCGUGAUACUUUUUGCUCUUAGAUGCCUGUGUUCUUAAGCCAUUUCAUUUCCAGCUUGAGUGAACAAGGCCCAAAGUACACCAGAGCUUAGAAUCCCAAUUAUAUCCUUUUAAGCUGUUUUAGGGCCUCCAAAUGGAUUUUUUUUUUUAACAUGUGUAUUCUGCAACAUCGCUGGUGAAUUAAUCAGUGGUGGAUUUAUAUUGGACCACCCGCACAUUCCACUUUUUUUUUUUACUUUGCUGUACUGAAUUAUUGCCUUUGGGAGGGGCACUAUAAAGCACAACAAAAGUGGGACAAAACAACCACAACUCUUGAACAUUAUGGAAAGUUACGAGCAUUAUGGAAAGUAUCAGUAAUUCAGCAGGAAACCACGGGACAUACUCCCAAUUACAAAGCAAUAUGUCCACUCCAAAACUUUUCCAGGCAUAAACUGUGGAAAAAAGGAUCACGUAUAACCAUCCCAAUACUAGUAUUUGCACAGAUCCAUCAUGAAUGCACAUUAAAAAUGAUAUCUAGAGAGGCCCUUAGGAAGCUUCUUGCAAUCUACAUCCUUGGAAACACUGAACCUCGAACAGCUAAUAAAACCUGUUACCAAUAAGAGAUGAAAGAUAGAAUCCCCUUUGCCCCCCUGCUGCGCUAGGGACCCUCGCCCUUAAUACCUAAUGUUUAUUUUUGCUAGCAUUGGCUGACAUUCGCUUUUAAAUAUCUCAGCCAGCCAUCAUAUAUCUUCAGUAACAGGCAACCACCUGUGCUCUAAGGAAAUCUCAUCUGCCACAUUUUUGCAUCUGCUAUCUCCUAUCAGGAAUCCAUCCUAAUAUUUUUUUUGCUGGGGUUGUUGAGCUGGGAGGCUGCGAGCCAAGUGUUUUCAGAGAGAGCUUCAAGCUGCCAAGGCAACAGUUCAGUUCCACUGUAAGGUGAGGGGGG